GUGCUGGGCGGGUCUUAUGGAUGAUAGACACGUCUGUUUUGAGCCUCGGCCAGAUUUUCGGUGUGUGGACUGUAGUGAAGAUUUUUUGGAGGCUGAGGUAGUGGGGCUGUACGGUAUUUUUUGGAGGAGAACAGAGUGAUAGGCCACGUUUGGAAAAGUUCCCCACACGCAUCGUUGGAAAUUACAAAAGGUAACGUUGAAAUUUGCCACCUAUUAUCACGUGAUGUAGACGUUACCGUCAGCGGUUGAUUUAACGCUUUUUGUGCUCUUUUACGUUGUCUUCUGCCGAAUUUUAGACACCUAGGUACUCAACCUGCACUUCUAACACAGAUAACUGAAAGUACUUGUGUGUAAUAUCAAAGCAGAGUGCAUCUUCUCUUUGAAAUCCGUUAUGUUGAGUUGAGAGUCAUACCUUCGAUGUAGGGCGCUUCAUGGCGCCUAUCUUCCUCCACAUUAUCCCUGUUAUCAUCACCUAAACUACUCUCAUGUCCCGCCGUGUCUCGCCCUGCUGAGCUUGAUGUGGUUUUAACAUCAAAGUGUUCGUGGAAAACACUCGGCGUGGGCGAAUCUAGACACGUUUCAAACUCGGUUUUGUAAAUGAAUUGACCAGGGGGAGGUUGGUAGUGGUUGAAUUUCCUGGUAUGGGUGAAUAUUAAAGGUGUUUCAACGGUGAGUUAACCGUUACGUUCAAACGCCCGUGUCUGUUUGUCGAGGGACGGUUGGUGUUGCUGCUAAGUUUGUGUAUUGGAGAGCAAACUAAGAUGUGAAGAGCAGCAAUUUGUGUGUUAAAGCAGUCUUAUUUACACACUGUGUCGUAGUUUCGCUCCGGUAAAACCACGUACCUUUACGAGCAGGAGAACACGCUGUUUUCCAAAGGAUUUGUGUCAUGCUGUGAAGUUGUUCCCAAGGAUUUUUGGGAAAUGUAGUUUGGCCCAAGUUGUAAACAUAUAUCUUUAAACAUCCAUACUCUACGGUGGCCGAGAGCCGCCACUGCUGCAAAUUAAAAAAUAAUGGGGGAAAAAAAAAGUAGUCACAACAGGAGUUUCAGAUGCAAAACAAAAGAAAUCAUUAUUGGUCCCCAACAGCUCAUUUCCAUUGUGGCUUUCUUUUUUGCAUACCUUUACGUUCAUAGUAAGUGACUUUUUUUCUUUUUGCAUCGCCACUUUUUUUGUGUUGUUAACUUCCAUUGUGUUUUUUUUUUUUUGCGUCCUUUUGUGUGUGUAGUGAGUAACUUUUUUUGCGUCACCACUUUUUUUAUGCUGUUAAUUUCCAUUGUGGCUUUUUUUUUCCUGCACUGUUUCUUUUUUUUAAUUGCAGUGGGCUUUGGUUUCUUUUUUUUUGCAUAGGUAACUUCAGUUGUGACUACUUUUUUUUUUUUUUGCAUUCUUUUUUUAUUUGCAGCAGUGGCGGUUCUUGGCCACAGCACAUACCCACCGAAUCAAGUAAUACACUGGGCAUUUGUAGGAAUUGUUUCAUGAAAUAGCUUUUUUUUUAGACCUAUAUCAAUCUGGAAUAGCCUAUCAUUUAGAUGUGUCUUAUCUAUAGAAAAGAGAAAUGGGUUAUCUCUUUUAAUUUUAAGUUGAAAUACACAAACAUUUGACCCAUUUCACACAACUAGCUUAUCACAUCAUCAAUAGAAGUAGAGAACUCAGCUCAGAUGAUAAAGCCAGAUUCAAGAAUAGUUUCACUAAACCAAUAUCUGAAGUAAAUUGUAUCCACAUCUAUUAUCUUGUAUUGUUGUACUGGAAAACAAAUUCCACCGACCCUGUUGUGUGGCCAUUAAUAAAAGAUUCUGAUUCUGAGAUAGGUUGAUUAAUUGGUUGGUCAAGUAACCAAGUGAUUCCUAGCAUAUUGAAGUAAUCGGCUGAUUUAGAAACAUUAACAAAGAAAUGUCUGCAGACACUGCAGGCAGCCCCCUCAGUGUGGCUGUUGUCCGGAUAUGUUAAUGUCUUCUGAAACUAUUAAAGAUUUUUCCAAAAGGACAGUUUAUUAAGUUUAAAACACUUGUGGGAGAGUGUUUAAUAUGAACUUUGCUAUUGUGCUUAGCAUAAUGCUGUUUUAAUUACUCCUGACAUAACCCAAUGAAUGAAUCAAAUAUCUAUCUGAUGCAUGUUACCAAGAUAAGAUUGCCAUACAAUAUGAUUUGGCAUUAUCAGCCAUCUUUGUUAUUGACUUAAAGGGAUUAGAAACCCUCAAAAGUGAAGUUACUAUUUUAGAUUUUACCUGCUCCACCGCAGUCUUUGUUUUGAGGUGUUCUGCUGUCUUACUACAUUUUGACUGCAUACCACACUGUGUACAUACAGUACUGAACACGUAUGUGUGUUUCCCACAGAGCGCCUUAGAAGUCAUACUUUGUGUGACAGAUGGCAAGGGUUCAGCUGGUUCACAAACAGAUAGGACAGCGUGCUCACAAUCUGACCAGACUUAGUAUAGAUAAUGCUGACGUGUAAAAAGUCAGGGGCACUUCGUGAACAUUUCUACUUUGCCUGUCAUGAUCUUUGCAUUUCCUUAGUAGAUGUAUUGUUAUGUUUGUAUGAAUGUGGAGAACAUUGGUAUAAUCUUGCUGUACAAACCUAAACUGCACUAAGUGGAACCCUGUGGAACUGAACAAAUUACAUAACAGUGUCAUCAUCAUCCCUCCAGCUACACAGCGCGCCCAUCGUAUUAGCAGGAGUACUAGUUUAAAAGCUGUACACAGUCGUGUCUAUGUAGGUUACUGUUUUAAGAGGCAUGGAUAACCAGCGGUCAUGACUUAAAACAACAGACUUUUCAAGAUUUGACUCAAUUUAAAUCACACAAAUGCAAUCGUAGAUCAGUUUGAGUUCUAACCAAGGGCUACAGAGAUCCUUAACUUUCUGUAGUUUUCAAUUAACGCCUAAAAUCACAUUGAUUCUGCAGUGUUUUCGUGUAAUGUUCAGGUUAGACUACUCAAAAAUCUGUUUCGCUAUAGGCAAGAGCGUCAAGAUUGAACAGAAUUCAGAGUAUUGACUCAAGAUAAGAUGAAUGUAAGCAGGAAGCGCUCUUUGGGUUGUUUAGCUGCAAGGGAAAUCAAACAGUGAAGCAUGUAUGUCACUCUAGUUUGCCUUUCCUGUCAAGCCUUUCUCUCUCUCUCUCUCUGUCUCCCCCCUUUGCUCUUUCUCUCUCUCGUUCUCUAUCUGUGCGAUGGUUUAUCUAUAAUCAUCAGGGCCAUGUUCAUUCUCAGACUCUCAGGAUAUGCAGAACAGUGGCAGCUCUGUCAAACCCGCUAAUGAGAGAGGCCCUAAUUGGUUGUUCUGGUGGGAGAAUCUGCUCAUUAAAGGUAGCUGGAAACAGCUCUGGAGUUGCUAGAGUGAGUGCAUCAUCUCUUUUUUUUCUCCUUGUCAAUAUUUUUGUUGUCAGGCAAAAAACUUGUUUAAAAAAAAAAGAUUUUGUUGGAAAAAAACAAUGUAAUAGCAGAAGUCUACAGAUGCCAUAAUAAUUGAUCAGUGAUGGAAAGACAGAUAUUUUUAAACUGCAAUUUACUGUUAUUGAUGCGCUAGUGUUAAAUUGACAAAUGUGAGGUAGAGAGUCAAGUUCAGGAGACAAAAAUAGGAGUGCGCAGAUUGGAUGACAAUAGGAGCAAGGAAAGGAUACAGAAGCGGACAGGGGAGGAAGAGAGGCUGAGUGAGAGCGACAGAGAGUGUGAGAGAUAUUGCCUAACCAUUCGGAAAGGCUAUGGGAACAUCCCCGUGUGUGUGCGAGUUUGUGCGGGUAUGUGUGUUUUGGUCCUGACCCUGUCGGUUCAACAGGAGCAAAACACGUCACAUCGGCUCAGGCACACACGACUGUCCCAGAUUGACGAGAACUGGACUGUGUUUUCAGGAAUGAAGACGAAGAGGCCGUUCUUCUUUCUUAAAUGUUGCUAUCCCAGUAGUCAUCACCUAACAUCAAACCGCUGAGAUUCCCUUUUGUUCAGGGUGUGGGUGAGCACAUUAGAUCAUCUCCCUUUAGUCUGUCAAAGCAGUUUAACACUCGAGGUCCGAAACACAAUUCAACUCUUCCUUUCAUCUCCUCCACUGAUUACAGUGACAUUGAGAGAGUCACAACAAUUACGAAGGUGGACAUAUUCUACAGUGUCGCACUCAGCCGUGACUGGGGGGGAGUAUUAGCCUCUAGCUUUCAGAGCUAGAGGCACCACAGGACUCACAUUCAUGCACAUAGAAAAGAUCAGAGGGGGCACGGAUGAAUGGAAACUGUAAUGCAGUGUUCAGCUUAUUACGGCUCCAGAGGGACAGAGAUGGGGAGGAGGGAGAGGGAAGGAUGGAUAGAGAUGUGGAGGAUGUGUGUGUGUGUGUGUGCAGAGAGGGGAAAGUGGGGUUUCACUGGGUGAAAGGGUCAGGUGCCAAAAGGUUUCCAAAAUGUAAAAACUAAAAUGUAGAAUUGUAGGUAUUGGUGUGAGUUGGGUACUCAAUAUCAGCUGAGAUUUAAAGGGAUAUUCUGUCAUAAAAUUAAGUUAGUGUCAAACACACCGGAACACAGAGUUAGACACCCCGUAGAGAGAUGAAUAUUGCUGACCACUUGCUUCUGUAGUUGUACAAACUUAAGUGACAACCGCACAAUAGCAAUACACAGCGUCUACGGAGCCAUAAACAAACCUCAACCAAAAAGCCGCUCUAUAGCCACGAAUAAUGCUCAGAACAGCAGCUAACUUCAUCAACAGUACAUAGAGGGUCCCAGCAAAUAGUACUCGCCACCAAACAUCUUUUUAACUUUGCCUGAUUUCUUUAGCAAAGAGACUAAACACAACUCACCUACUCUCUUCCAGCAGCCACUUGUUUGUAGCAAGACCUAGGGCCCGUCCAUUACGAACUACAGUGGGGUGCCGCAGCUCAAGGAAGAACAUUUAUGAUCAUUUCUUUAUCAUUUCCUUGGAGUGAUAAUCAUCAUAUUAAUGAUUUUCACUGCGGACUCAUUUCCAUGAAGAAAUGAUCAUAAAUGUUCCUCUUCGAGCUGCGUCACCCCGCUGUAGUCCAUAAUGGACUGGCCUGAGGUCUCGAUAAGCGGCUGCUGGAAGAGAGUAGGUGAGUUGUGUUUAGUCUCUUUGCAAAAGAAAAGGCAUAGCUAAGCUGAAGUUAGGUGCUGUUCUAAGCAUUAUUUGUGACUAUAGAGUGGCGUUUUGGUUGAGCGCGUGGCUCCUUGCUGUCUGCGGUCGUUACUAAAGUUGGUAUGACUAGAGAAGCAAGCGGUAGGCAACAUUCAUCUCUCUACGGGGUGUCUAACUAUUUGUUCUGGUGUGUUUGAACCUAACUUAAUUUUACACCAGAAUAUCCCUUUUAAGUUUGGUCAUUUGAAUUGGUACUCUGUAUUAAAAUCACCAUGGUAACAAAUCAACUUAUAAGUAAGAUGUUUUCUGUAUUCAAUUAACCCAAAAGGCCUAACAGAGUCAAGUAGGAGAGACGUCUCGAAUUAGAGUGAUUAAUAGAGUAAGUAAGAGGGUCAUAUGAGGGUCUUUUACAGGAGAAUAAAAACAUCCUUGUGUUGAAUGUUUCACAUCCCAAAGGGAGAAAGAGAGGGCAAACUGCUUCCCCCAGCAAGUGUCCAGCGCUGAAAGAAGCGAUAGAAUAAAAAACAGAGCGAGAGCGUGGGCCUGUGGCUUUGGCGGGGGGCCAAACAUAGUUAAAAACAGAUUAAUCAGCAUAGGGUCACAUUCUCACACAGAGAGGCUGAACAGAGCAUGGCAGGACGGGGCCCAGGGCUCCGUCUUUUAAAGGCCACGUCUUCGAGGAGCAGCACGAGGAAAGUGUUGGCACUGAAGGAGAGAUAAAACAGCCCGAAAGAGCGUGGAGGCAAGUUCUGACACAAGUAGAGGAGUUAUAAGCAUGAAGCUUUCCAUGAAUGAAGAGAGCUGCAGAUAAUUUUCAGGAUCUGAUGCAAGUCUGAGUCGUUAUUUUAUUCCUCUAACUCUCAUAAACUUUGAUUCUAUGCAUUCACGUCCAUCAUCACGCUGUAUCAUAACCCUUAAAUUUGAUUAUUCAUCCUUUCACUUGUCGAUAGAGCGAACCCUUGAUGGAUAACCAUUCAUUCACCGAGUUCAUUCAUCACGUGUCGGCUUUUCAUUCAUUCCUGCUGUCAAAAAAAAAAAAAGUCUGGGAAGUGCUCAAAGAGGAGAGAGGAGGUGGGACGCCAGGGCAGAGUGAUAAAGAGGGAAGGAUGAGGGGAGGAAAAGGAAGUACGAGGAGAGGAGUGUCUGGAAAGAGAGGGGUUUAGAGCGAGUGCAGACCCACUAACUUGGUCUAAUUAGUGGCUUUUUGGAAGCUUUGAAGGUUGUUAAAUAUCUUGGAAAGCCUGUAAAAGAACCCAGUGGAGUGUGUACAUGUGUGUGUGUUUGUAUGUGUUUGUGUGAGAUAGGCCUGCACGAUAUAUCGUUUGACUAUCGUCAUCGCGAUGUACGUGUGUGCGAUAGUCACAUCGCAGAGCCUGCAAUAUUGGAGGUGAAUGAACUCAUUUAAUUUCAAGGGUAACCGACUGAGAUACACUCCAUGUGACUCUGCAUGUGCUGUGCAGCGAUCCACCAAUCACCUUCGUCCUUAACUCAGUUGCCAAUCAGACUCACUUCUCAGUUGCCAAUCAGACUACCCUGCCAGCUGUCAAUCAAAAUCAGGGAGGAGGAAACCCACCCCUGCACAUGUUCUGCACAUGGAGGGAGACGUGUGUCCGCUGAGAAUUACUUUCGGAACUUUACUGACUGUUAAGCCCAACAAAUAAGAACUGUAUGGGUUUUAAAUUGUACAUUUCCGUGGACCACUCUACUAUAAGCAGUGCGCGUUUUGCGAGGUGCAUGCAAUUCUCGGAGGACAUGCGUUUCUCGGCACAACACCGCUAACAACAACAACAACGAUCGCAAAAUGAACAACGAGCAAGCGAAAACCACCGAAAAUGAAGAUUUGUUGCCAAAAAGAAAAGGAAAGUCAGUUAUCUGGAAUUAUUUCGGAUAAAAGAAGGAUAAUGUCGACCAAAACACGUCUUCUGUGUUCAUCUGUUGCCACAAUAACGUCCCAGCACAAUAAAAGCUAAAAAUAUCUCUGAGACAGACAGAAGCCGUUCUACUAACAUUCACAAAAAGAGGUAAGAUCAGAGCAGAUUAACUGUCCUCAAGAUUUCAGCAGUGCAGCAUAACAUUAAGUGUUAUUCAGGUCAUCUGGUGAAAAUUCCUGUAUUUUUAAUAUCGCAAUAUAUAUCGCAGGGUUGAAAAAAUCGCAAUAUUAUUUUUUUCCAAUAUCGUGCAGCCUUAGUGUGAGAGGACAUUCAGACAUGAUAAAGAAAUACAAAACACGACUGUGCGGAUGUUUGUCGCUGUGGUCACUUCCUGUUUUCACAUUGACAGUUCCCUAAUCAGAGAGAUGCAGAUAUGGCUAAAAUAAGAAAAACAGAUAAAGAAAGGUGGAUGGAGGAGUCAGUGAAAAAGAAGAGAGACUUGACAUUGCCCGUUUGACACAUUUCCUGUUUCCUGGUUAGGCGAGGAAGGUGGUUAGAGGUCACCGGUGCGGGAUUAACAGUCGUCUGAUCAUGACGUUCACAUGUAGAAGUGUGUGUGUGUGUCCUGGCGUCAGAGGCAACAUGUCCUCCAGUGAUGGUGAAAACAGGAUGAUGUCCUGAAAACGAGGACAUCUCUUGGUGUUCACCAGGGUAAUCUCUAAUUUUAGAGUUUGGGGUGAAGGUUAGUCGUGAGCGAAUUAAUGACAGGCAGCUGGAGUCGGUGUGUGCUGUACAUACACUAACUUUAUGCUUUGCAAAUUAAUUGGAGUUCUUCAGAUUCCUGUUCUGGAUACCUUGUUUUUGAUAACAUAAAUGUGUGCGUUAUAUACAUGCAGAAAUUCAAAGAAGGAUUUUGUUCUCCAAUAAGUGACGAAUCAAGAUUGCCUUCAUCGCUCUGUAACACUCCUCAGACGUUUCCCCUUUAUUGCCGAUGAAAAGAGUGUGUCACAGCCAGCUGUCUCAGGGCUCUACAGGAGACACCAGUGAGGUGAAAGUGUUGGUGACUGAUCUAUUUCAGCACAGUCUCUGACAUUGAAGCCAUUAUGAUCUCAAAUCUCACCUUGUUUAUAGUUUAAUUUUCAUAGAGGAUUUUAGUUUCGAUUAGAAGCUUGAUUUUCUAAAGGUGAUUGUUUGAUAGCUCUGUUGGAAAAAUGCAGCAUUCUUUGUCCAAAGGUCAGAGUAGAGGAGGAACAUUUUACUUCAAAUACAUGAGUCAUCUCUGGUGUUUUAUCAGGAAGUAAAAUGUGUGUUGUUUUUCGAGGAAGGGGUGUGAUGAGAGUCCCACGCCUCCAUCAGAUGGAUUGCCUCUGCACAAGCUUUGGCUCCACCAGGACAGUAUAUCAGCCAGGGGUGGGAAUCUUUUGCUGUCUCAGGAUUUGAUUCAAUUACGACUUGUCAUUCACAAGUUUGUGCGAAUAUCGGAUCACUAUCGGUAUUGGAAAAUACUGAAGGCUACAAUAUCGUUAUCAGAGGUAAAAAUGUUGUAUCGGGACACCCCUAGAUCAAUGUGUCCACAUGUUUUUAAAAGUCUAGUUUCAGUCGAACUUAGGCAAUUAAUGUAUUUCUGUUUCAUCCUGUUGUCUGUCUACUCAAGAUUGUUUUGUUCCCGCUAGAUUGUAAACUAUCAUCCAUGAUUCCCAAGUCUCAAUUAGGUCCCACAGUAGAAAGACAUGCACUCAGACAUCUGAAACCUUUCAUCCUCUCUAACCAGCACUUGUUGAUGCACACAUGUCAUGUCAUCCCCACGCCAAAGGAAAGGCUAUAUUCUCCUCUUGUGUAUCAAAUUGCCACAGUCUGCAGUAGCUGUAAUAAUAAUGAUGAGCCUUGAUGCCCAUGAAGUCAUUUGUUUUGCCAAACAAACACCUGUUGUUGUCAGCCUCUUUGGGAUUUAUUAUACCCCAGUGACACCACACCCAGCGCCACUCUGAAGAGAGAGCAUCAGUUUGGCUGUUUUCUUGCCUUCUGUGCUCUCUCUCUCUCUCUCUUCCUCUCUCUCUUUCACACUCACCCACCAAACUGUAUCUCCUCUCAUGUGCACUUGUGUGACCCACCCAUACUUUCGCUCUUUGUCUCUGCCUCCCUCUCUCUCUCUCUCUCUCUCUCUAUCUCUCUCUUACACACACACUCUCUCACACACACACGCCUGACCGCUUUAAUCGCUGAAUAGGGGAGUUUAGCUGCUAACAAUAGUAGUUAUGAGCUGACCGGCUAUUCUCACACACGGACAAAAGGAGAGACUUGUAACGCUUAAAGACAGGGUUUAAAAUAUCUCUUUAGAUUGCGUUUUAUCCGGGUGGUUUCUUCGGUAUUGUUUUUGGAAUUUGAGCAGUUAACUUUCACUUGUUUCCCCUUUUACUGUCUCCCACAAAAUAAGGAUUAUCUAUUUAAUCAUAAGAAUUAAGUAAGUGUCAAAAUAUGCAACAAAAGAUCCAUAUAUUUUGAAGAAGGUAGCGCACCUUAGGGAUGGGCGAUAGACUGAAAAUUUACAGAUACUGAAAUUUAUGUCAAUACCAACGUUAUUUUGCCCAUAUCAGUAUAUUCUGUUUCAAAAAAAUAAAUCAAUACAAGUUGGUUUUGGAUGUGUGUACAUAGGCUAUGGUCUCAUAUCCUUUUGAGACACUGAGGUGGUCUUUACACGAGUACAAAUUUGGAAGACACCGGUAAAAUAAACUAUCGAUCUGGUGAUAUUGACACACGGAGACGCAUAUUUGUCCAUGACUCCGCAUCUUAUUUGAAAACAGGUCUGCAGGUAUUCGUCUUCAUGUCGUAAUUGGUAUAAAUAGAUAAGUCCGAAAAGGAGGUGACCUCAUAGCACCCUUCCUCCUCCCCGCCCCCCAACCCACGUUGUGACACACACAGCAACAACAACAAUGGCGGUAGCUGGGGUGAUUUUGUUCUUGUCCCAGCAACUACAAAUAUUGCUACGACUUUUAUACCAACAUUUAGAACAGCAACAACACCAGCUACGGCAACAACAGCAACAAGUGCUCAUGCAGAGACGCAGCAUGUGGAAUAGUUAUCGUCCGUUUACCGUUACCGAGGUGAACUGCUCAAUAUAUCGUGAUAUUGAUUUGAGGCCAUAUCGCCCAGCCCUAGUGCACCUCUAGUUUUAUCACACUUUGCAGAGUCAUGACUAUAAGUAACAGUAACAUGAAUCUAUAUAGAGGCUCAUGUUGUCUCUUGGUAACAGUAGUUAUGAGCCGACAGUAAUAAUACAGUGAGAAAAGUAAUGAUAGAGUCACACACUCUGAGCUGACCGUUCAUUUGCUUAACUUAAACCAAAGACGACAAACUCUCAGCACUGUUUGUCUGGAUGCAGCGAAGAGUUUAUCAGGUGCAGGAGAGACAGACAGAGACGGAGAGUACGACGAGGGGAUGAAUGGAUAGACAGGCAGGCAGACAGACAGACACACAAACAUACACAGGGAUUAUCCUUUGUGUAAUCCUCAGUGUGAGGGUCAGAGUGCAGUGCAAAGAGACAGACAUGUUCACCAUUUUCACACCACGGGCGUGUGUGCGUGUGCAUGCGUGUCUAUGCGCCGCCGUCAUAGCUGGUGUGUAAAUCUGCCAUUCUGUAAGCUUGUGUUUACAUGCGGUCUGAACUCAGUCCAUGUGUGCGUUGAGUGUAUAUGCGCGUGUGUCAUUGCGUGACAGAUGGACGGAUCGUAGAAGAGAACAGCACAGAUUAGGAUCCCGCUGCACACGGUGCGGAUGUGAGCGGUUCUUUCAAAACCAAACCAGGGCUCAGUGUCCGUCAGCUGUCGAUCUGCGCCGCAGAAGCAUGAGGAGCUAUGAGCACGUUAUGUCACAGUUUGGAAUUCAGGAUGUCCCAGUGUGAUCUGCUGGAUUGGAUUCAUAAUUCAUUAGUUUCAGCUGAAUGAUGGUCAAUUGAUUUCUAAAUACUGAGUGUAUGGAACUCAUUGUACUCUGUGUACACCAGCUGUCAGAGACGACCAUUGUGUCUCAGCGAGUUUAUAAUUGCAACAAAUGGACACAAACAAACAGCAAUGUAUAUUACCGUCACUGGUGAACAAUGCAGGGUUAACCAGGAGGUUUAGAUUCAGACUUUGUAGAUUUCACCCCUCAAGAGCUCGUCAUGUAGCCAACAGGGAACCAGCUUGCCAGUCGGGUAGGGGUGGAAAUCAAGAGUGGCUCCAUGAUACGAUAUUAUCAUGAUUAGGGAUGUGCCGAUGUACGAUUUAAUGCCUAAUCACCAUACUUGGACCAGGAUAUGAUAUUACUGCGAUUUUUAAAAUUUUGCAAUACAGUGAGUAUUGCGAUACAAUAUAUUGCGAUUUAUACAUAUUUUUCAACUGUUUAGCUAAUUUGUCUUUCCUUUAUGUUUGUUUUAUUUACACUGUAUUUUAUUUACAUGUAGCACAUCUUGCAAACCUUAUAUAUAUAUUUGUUGUACUAACUUUCUCCUGCUCUGUGACGUCACCUCUGCCAACCUCACUGGACAACCAGUUGAUUUUAUUUUCCCAUAACUAUAGAUUUGACUCUAUAUCAACAAUUAAUUAGAAAAAUCGAUACUUGACCACCGAUACAUCACCAGACAAAAUAUCAUAAUACCAUGCUGUAUCUAUUUUUCCUCCCACCCCUACAGUCUAGAUGUACCAAUGUUUUCCGAAUGACUUUUAUCCAUAUAAUUGAAGUAUAUGUUAAUAUAUAAGUCCACAUUAUUAUUUUAUGACAUAUAAAGGCUUUAUAUAGAAAUCUACACAUCCAUCAGUUGUCUAUUAUAAUGAAUUCUGUAUUAUUUUCUAUUGUUAUUCAUGUUUUUAUCAUUAUCAAAGAGUUAAAAAAAAUAGACUGGGACAUGCGUGUGUUUGAGUAUAUUUGACAGAUUAGCCUCUUUUCAGUAACAGAUAUCCUAUAGCGUAUUAAAGCUGCAGUUCUCAUCUAUUCUGACGUUGCAGCUGUGACUGUCCUAUUGUGUGUAUCUGGAAGGAUUAUAAUACAGUAAAUCUGCAAUAUGUGAAUUAUUGUGUGGGUGUGUGCGCGUGACUGGAGCUAGAAAGCAGCUGGUCCUUUAGGCUACACUGGGUCAACUCUGCACAUAUGUGUAAACAAAUUGAAAUCCCAGGAUAAGACUGAUAAUGUUGUGAUCUAAUAAGAGCUGUUAUUACUUUCACAGAUGCACUCAUGCUGCUCAGCCCUGACCUCUGCAUCACUGUCUACAUCUCGGGCCUUUUUUAAGCAUUUUAGAAGUCUGUGUUGAUCGAGUGAUGCACAUUUAAAAAGCCUUGCACAGUCAGAGCUUAUUAGCUGUCAGAGCAGAUGGUUACAGGUGUCAUAAGUUCAACCAAGCACCCCUUUCCAGUAGGUGGGGUCUGAAGGAGGGGGGUGUCUUUAGCUCCUGCACUUGCUGUAGGUCCAGCACUUUAUGUCUUCUGUAAAUCUGACAGGGUUUGAAAUAGGUUUAGGCACGGUAAUAAUCUCUAUUGUCACUCCUACGCCUGUCCACUAAUCUGUAUUUUUCCUGCGGUAAUCUCUUGUCUCCAUGGGGAUUUAUUGUUGUAGUCCAUGAAUGUGGUCGUCACAGAAACCAGUUCCUCCCCUCUCUCUACACAUUAGCGUGGGGUGGAUGGGUGGGUGGGUUUGGAUAUGUGUUUUUUGUCUGUUUUAUCAGACAGUUAAAAAACACUAAUGUGAAAUCUAUUGUGGCCUCUAACUCGACUCGUUUUGUCUUUUUUUCUUGACUUUUGCACCCAAGCCUGUGUCUGUCUCCCAUAAAGUUUUAUCUCUCAGCCACAGGCCAGGUCAGGAAGUCGUCGUUGCUAUGACAACAACCCCUUAAACCCUUUCAGACAGCUGUAAAAUUGUAAGUGGGAGCGCUCAGAUUUUUAGUGUGACUCGUGCAACAGCUUUACUGUUCUGCGUUGGUGUUUCUUUAUGUCUGGAGGGUAAAAAACACAAACGCUGUAUGUGAACACGAGUCGAGUCUCCGGGUUUUUUAAAAGUUCAUAUAAAAGUCACUCACCGCGCAGAUUCCUUUCCAAAAUAGAAAAAAAAUCUGGUGGGAAGUUGUUUCCCUCCAGAAAUCGUAAACUGCUUAUCUGUUGAGUGAUUUUUUUUUCUUCUUUCCUCUAAAUUUAAUAUGUUGUUGCGUAAUAGUGGAGGCCAAGCUCGGGCAGUGAUGGUUCAUUGUUAUAGAAAAUCUCUGAGGGAUUGUCCAUGCUACUGUAAAGCAGAAAGCGUACUCUCUCUCCUUACUCCAUCCUCUCCUUCUACUCCACUCCCCUCGUUCUCGUUCGCACAGUCCUCUACCACCCCCUCCCUGUUCUCUCUCUCUCUGGUUUUCUGCCCUUGUUUCUCGGAGCGAGAGUCCCGAGGGAAGCAGACGCAGAGCCCCGGUGGAGUGGAGAGGAGAGGAGAGGCGAGGAUGGAGGAGAGAAAAUGGCAAUGACAGUUUGUAGGGCAGGCAUUCUGCUGAGAGGUGGGGAAGGAAAGUGAAGGAACGGGAAGAUACAGGAAGAGAAGUGGAGAAAGUGAGAAUAAACAGAAAGGAGAGAGGAGCUAAGAGGGAGAAAGAGCAAAAGAGGCAACAGUAGGUAAGAGAUUAAGAGUUAAUUUAACCAUAAAUACAUAAACUAACAUGAUGACAUUAAAUCUCGCUCACUCGUGCAAAGAUAAGACAGUUCAUUCAGUGUCAUUGUUACAGUAAUUAUCCUUAUCUGUGCUCAGACAAGUCAUGUGCAACAACAGUUCAUUGAACCUGUUCGCAGCGAUGGAAUCCGUUUCAAGAAAACAUAAAUGUAAUCUAAUGUGAUUGAGCCCGAGCAAAUAAUAAGAUUACAAACCAAAAGUAAAACAAAUGCUGAUAAGCUGCUUUCUGCUGCAAGAAGCCUGGAGGAAAAAUGUAAGCCUGAGAAAUAGAGGAGUUUUAGAGAAAUAUCACGAUCCUCCUUGUGUGCAUGUUUACAAACGAACAAAUCAAAUUUAAUUGGCUAUUUUUUCCGAUCGCUCGAAUGCCGCAGGCUCUUCUCAUGCCGAUCUGGACAACUGGGUUAGUUGAUCUCGGCUAAUUGACUGCGAAAGAGUCGGAUUAAAAGAGCCAACAACACACUUUUUGUACACAACUUGCCUCGAGUCAAAUUCUGCACAACAGGAAAGCACAUAACAUCUGACGUUUCGGCCCCCUUCGUGUAAGAGACGAGCUUAUGAGGCAGGUCUGCAAAUAGUCCAUUUCACCCACAUUUGACCCCGUUUAUAUUGCAGCGAUUUCAGACUGCCAGCAGUUUAACACUGACUCACAUCAGAUGCUCUAUAGAUAAUUCUACUGCCAUAAACCGUUCAACAUGUGUGUAUAUAUAUUUGUGUGUGUGUAUUUAUGAAGAGAGGCUGUAAUAAUGUCACCACCAUUGUUUAUAUGAACUGUGGGAAGAGGAGAGAAAGAAGAGGAGGGGGUUCGGUGGGGAGAUAAAACUAGCAGACGAAUGGAGGGGAUUGAAAGGGGGCCCGGAAGAAAGGGAUUGUGGGAGAGGAGAGGGAUGAGUUCAGAGAUCUGGUGAGAGAGAGAGAGAGAGAGAGAGAGAGAGAGAGAGAGAGGCACCCUGGGCUGCAGAGAAAAAGAAGCGAGAGAGAGGAGAGGGUGAGAUAGUUUUGAGAGGGAUAGAACAAGGUUCCCGGUGUUGAGCGGUUGUAAAGAGAGCGAGAGAGGGCCGGUAAAAAGCAGGCUUAAGAGGCCGUGACGAACAUUUCGCAAGAAGCUGCACCCCGAUGCCAACUCGCACACACACACACUUUCAGAUAGUCCAUUGAGAAACACAGCAUCUGAAAGGAGAGGGGACUGCAGGAAGGAGGCAGUUGCAGUCAUGUUUUGAUGACUCGACGACUUAUAGGCUUGGUCUCUUACAAGUAGGGAUGUGCCGAUAUACGGUUUAAUCGCAAUAUGCGACAUUAAACGGCCGCGAUAAUGAAAUCGUAGGGUACUGUAAUAAUCGUUCCACAGCGUCACUCAGCGGAGGCGAUCGAGCCGAGUACUUACCAGCCUAACCCGCUUGUAGUCUUACCCACGGUGUCAAAGCCUUAGUAGCAAAAUGUACAAACAAACCACCACAAAAGUAGUCCCAAAUCCAAAACAAACUCUCGAUAUAAGUACAUUAAUGCCAACCUAAAAAAAACGGGAACAUUAAAAGAGAAAAUGAAGAAAUAUAUGAUGCAUUGCGGCCACCCAACAUAACCAAAACAAGUUUGGUCUACUCUAACGUUAGUGACGUUUCUGCUAACUUUAGCUCCAAAAAGCUAAUGCUCCCAACGUUGCGUUAGCUGCCUGUUGCUCAUAUGAGUGAUUUCGCAGUUUUUUGCCAUUUUUAAUAACGUUAAAAGCAAUGUGAUAAUAUCGUGAAUCGUGAUAUUUUGGGCCAACAAUAUCGUGAUAUCCAGUUUUUCAUAUCGGCACAUGCCUACUUACAUGUGGGCAAAAAUAUGCUAUAAGUUGGUUUGAAAUGAACUUGAAUCUCCUGCACAGACGGCAGCAUGUGUGCAUACUUCAAUCAUUUCCCAAACUCCUCUUUCUCUCCCCUGCGCAUUUCCAAAGCCGUGCAACAGUGUCAUCAUGGCUGCAUGGUUCAAAGCUACACUCCAGUGCCAAAGUGGCUCAGCAGAGAUUAAUACAGCCGAGACUGGAUUUAACUAAAGCUGAUUGAUUUAAAAUGUACAUUCAGUUUACCUACCUUAGCUGCUUCUGUUUGCCUGCUAAUUAUGGGAUUUUUUUAAACACUCAGAGGCCGUGUAAAUAGAAAAAAGUCCACUUUACAUCAUAAUAAUCUUUCAAUCUCUUAUGCACGUCCUAGUCAUAGUGUUUGUGGUGGUGGUUGGGGGUUUGAGGGCGGAUGAAGAAGAAAGGCCCGGUUGAAGUGCAGUCAGUGUCAUAACAUGCCUCAGAAGAGGACAACAAACGUAGUCAUUUCCUGCAUCAGUGCAGAUUUUAUCACAGUGCGACCCUUGUUAUAGACUUACAGCAGGUCCCGCCUGAAACCAGUAUACUGUAUAUAAUGGGAGAAGUUAAUAUUUUACACAAUUUCCACCAGCCAUAUUGUAAACAUCCUGCUACUUAAAUAGCUUUUUCCAGACAGAUGAAAAAGACAGAGGCUUGCUUUGUUUAAGACAUGGUCAAAUAUCUUGUCUCUGUUGUCUUUCACUUUUUAACAUGCAUGUAGAACGAUGGGUCCAAAGCUAAGAUAAAGCUAAAACCUGUUUCUGUAACAAUAUUUCUACCACUGAGUGAAUGAUUUGGAAGAGAAAAGGGGAAUAUGAACAAAAAGUGCACAGUUGUAUACUUCUGUUUCUAAUGGUGAGCUUUGCUGUGGAACAUCUUUAUCAGGUGGAUGGUGGUGGGUUGUUCUGAGGUGGUUAAUUCUAGUUGAUAAAACGGAAAUUGAAUGUACUGUAUUUUUCACACUAUAAGGCGCUCUUAGAGUCCUUUUGGCUUGUCGGAGCACUGCAGCUACCGUAGCCUCGCAGAGUGAGGGAACGAGUUAAAUAAAUAAAGUUUGACUUAUCUGACUGGCCCGUUAUAAUCUGGUUCGCCUUAUGUAUGAAAAUAGACAUAAACAGACACGUUCAUUGAUGGUGUGCCAUAUAAUCAGGUGCGCCUUAUAGUACAAAAAAUACGAUAUUGCCAACUGAUGAGUAAAAUUUCAGAAAACACUCAAAACUCAGAGUAAGAACCCCAUUUUUAAAAACACAGCUCAGUCCUUCUUUAAAGUUAAUGUCCACAUAUCUUUGCUGAUUACACAUCGCCCUGGAAAAAAGGUUGAAAUGCCCACUUAACUGGUCUGUUGAGUUGUUAUUUAACAGCUCCACUAUACUAGCUAGUCAUGCAUAUCUGAACUACACCUUCUACAUGGCAUAUGGCCAACAUUUUGUUCCCUAAAUAAUAAUAAUAAUGAUGAUAUUUCAUUUGAAGUAUACAGACAGUAGAUGAAUUUUAUACAUCUUGACAAAUACCAAUUGAUAAAUAUAACUCAUCCUGUAGGCCACAUGAUAUUCUGCAUCAUACUGUCGUACGAACUCACUGGUUACUUUGUAUGCGCCCCCUCAAGAGAAAGCCAAAACUGUGAAACGUCAUGGCGAUAAAGGAAAUGUCAGGGUCUGAGUCAGUGAGACUCACCCUCAGGGACAAAGAAUGUCUGUACGAAAGGUCAUCCAGCAGUUGAUGAAAUAUCUCCGUCUGGACGGAGAAGGAGCGAGCCGAGUCUCCAUCUGAGUGACAAUCUGAGAUUUCCAUUCCCACAGCAACAGCGUUAGCGCAGCUGAAAAAUGUAUGAGCGACCUGAUUUCGAAGAUUUACGUCGAUUUAAGACGGAGCAAAUGGGUCUGGGCCGAGUGCGAUUUGUUAUGUAAUGUCACCGGGAUUCCCUUUUUAUUAGACAGGAGUUUGUCUUCUUUCUCUUCAUCCGCACAAGCACAGUGAAAUGUUGUCUCUCUGACAUUUGCACUCACCUACAUGCACACCUCUCCCCCAUCCCUCUCCACCUCCUCCUCCUCCUCCUCUUCCUACCUCAUUAGCCGAUCAUGCGUAAGGAGACCUGUUCUAUUUUUACUCCCCCUCCCUGCUCUCCCUGCACACCGCUGCUGCAUUGUAUGAGUGUGUGCGUGUGUACUCUUAUUGAAGGCGGCGGGGCAGAGAGAAGAAAGUCGAAGGAGAGGACAGACAGUCAGAACAAAAAAAAAAAAGAAAAAGGCGUUACAGAUGAUGAAAUCGGAGGAAAAACAGGACCGAAUAGCAUUCAGGACAAAUGAGAGGACAUUGAAUGACGUGACUUAAUAGAAUGAAUCAGGCUUAAAGCUCCCUCUGUGCAAACACACACACACACACAAACACACACAAAAGACUCAGGCUGCCUGUGGAUGCAGGUAAACACAAUCUGACCUCAACUUCCCCCUAAAACCAAUGUCACGUCCAUCUAGUGUUUACAACAAAUUAGUGUCAUGUUGGAUCACUGUGUUUGUGCGGUAAUAGAGUGUGUGCGUGUGUGUGUGUGGACAUCGUUGCCAAAUAUAUUUUGGGUUGAAGAGUGUAUUUAUGUGUGUGUAUGUUGACCACAGCUGCAGGGACAAACCAAUGACUCAGUUAUUAGGACUUUCACAAUUCCCCUUCCUGCGAGCGACUCCUUGUAACCAGCUGUUGACCCACAUGAAACUGGUUGUGCGACAUAAUGACAUCUUAAACUCUGAGGGGUUUGUGUUAAAGGAGAACUGGGCGGCUCCGACUUAAAAGUCUAACGUUACAGACAGCUAUGAGAUCAUGUGUUAACAGCUGUGAGCCAAAGAGACUCAAUCAGCUGGCUUAUGUAACCCUUAGAUGUUUAAUUUUUGUGUUUUACCCUUUGCGCGGCGGGGCUCGUAUGUUUGACGGUGACAUAUUUCUGGAGAUAUUUGCACUCGGUGUCGCUCUGUCUUGAUCCUGUAGUAGAAGGAAACAGAACUGCGAGCAUGUGGCUCAUUUAUUAAAGAUACUCCAGACAAAAAUUCAAGUUGCGUGCCAUGAAAAAUUCAUAUUUGUGCCAAAUUCGGAGGGGAAGCCUGAUUUUCCUCCAGCUCUUUGUGAUAAUUACCGGCAGCGCCAACAAAAAGAAAGACGAGCGGGUGCUAUAACACCCGAGUAAAGUGUGAAUGCAAUACUUAUGUGAAACUUUGAAUAGAAACUCAGCGUUCUCCUUUUGUUCAUGUGCAGGUUGACGGGUCACCAUGACGACAGAAGGGGGCUCUGAGACAGAGGUGAAGGAGAAAGCCGAGGAGUCAGCCACGCAGCCGGACCAAUCGGAAAAGGCCACAGAAGACAGCAAGGAAGGAGUGGACGCCGCCGGAGAGGAGAAGGAAAAAGAGAAGGAGAAGGUGAAAGAGGGAAAGGAGGGGAAAGGAAUCUCUCGAUACCUGCCAACAUGGCUUAAGAAGCAGAAGUCUCAGAGCCAGGUAAAACACUUCACACACACACACUUCUCGUGAUAAAUCCUUGCUUUAUUUGGUUAUUAAUACUUUUAUUUACCUCACACGUGUAGACCUCCCCGACCAAGGAGGCCCCGCCCACAGAAGAAGCAGUCGACACGGUAACGCAGGAGGAGCAGGGGUCUGCGCCAGAAGUGAACGGUCACGCAGAGGAAGUGGAAGAGAAGGAGGCAGAAAAGUCCGAGCAAGUGAAGGAAAAAGAAGCUGAAUCUCAUUCCAACGCCAGCGCAGACACCGAGGUACAGGGUCACAUGACGCGUGAUUGCUCCCCACACCCUGUCAGUACACAUGAGGGAAGAUAAAACAGACAGGUGGCCUCUUAAAAGGGAAAAAUAUACUUUGUAAAAUAUAACAGUCAAUAACUUUGGUCCUUUACCGUCUGAAGCACAUGACACUCAUUACACUAACAGAGCAGCCUCUUUGUAUCAACGAUCCUGCAACUCUGCCGUCUUCAAGUCAAGCUGUUACACUUUCUACAUUCUUCAACACCAAGCUGUGUAAUAUUAGCGUCCCAGUAGGUGAUUUUUUUAUGAAACAUGCUGGCAUUGCAAAAGUAAAAGCAGUGUGGUGUGUAAACAAGCAGCAGCAGGACAUUCAGAUUCACACACACAGCAGUUUUCUGUUCUGUCAGUUUUCUGUCAAGUUGCUGCUUUGUCAAAAAAGAAAAAAGUCAAUAGAGUAGAAAUAGCAUUAGUUUGCAAUUUUGUACAGUACAAAUUGAGUAAAAUGUUACAAACGUUUCUUAGUGUCACCAAAAAAAGUAUCUUAAAGGUCCCAUAUUAUACUCCUUUUCAGCAGGUUCACAGAGGUCUCAGAGGUCUCAGAACAGUCAAUUUGAAGUUAGUUGUCUAAAAACCCAGUUUGAUCCUGAACUUCAGCCAGCCUUAACUCUCUUUAGUGACCUCUACCAAGAACUAGGGCCCGACCAAUAUGGAUUUUUUGGGGGCCGGUACCGAUUAUUAUUAUUACUAGCAGAGUGCUAGUGCUAGCCGUACCAGUUUGAUCCAGAUUCCGACCCAGAAGGAGAGGCUUCUGAAGAAAUUCCAACUCUGUGGCUGCAGCAGGACUUUUGUGAAUGGUUAAUUACAAAUAUUAUGUGUAUUUUUAUUUUUACUUUGUUUGUGCGUUGGUACAUUAGCUCCUGCUAACGGGUACAUCUCCGCUGAACCAGCGUUUGCAAGGGAGAAAAAUAGUAUCUGAGUGGAAAUUUUCAGGGGUCAGAACAAACAUCUUGCGCCCGGUCACCAGCCUGGAGGGGAGGAGUUAUCUCCGUCCAUGAUGUCAUGGAAGGGAAUAGUUUCAAGCCGCCGGUUCGAAUGGACAUUUUCUGAAAGGUGGAACAAGCAAGAGAGUGAAAGGACAGAAUUUUUAGAAAACCGAGUGAAUUUUGUGAAUUUUGUGAAAGUUAAUUUUGCAUAAUAUGGGAGCUUUUUAACAGAUCGGUUUAUCCCAUUAAGUAAUAAUAAUAAUAAUAAUAAUAAUAAUAAUAAUUUUAUUUAUAUAGCACCUUUAAAAACAGAAGUUUACAAAGUGCUUAGACAACAGUUGUAAGCACAGAACAUCAGCACAUUGAAAAUAAAAGCACAUAAAAACAAAAGCUCAGUUAAAAAACAGGCAUCUGAAUUGUAGGCCUGUUUCACUUUUCGUAAGAAACCCAGGCAAUACAAGAACCCUACAAAAUAAAUGGGAUCUUAAAAUCAAUUCUAAAGCUGACAGGAAGCCAGUGAAGGGAGGCUAAAAUUGGGGUGAUGUGAUGCCGUCGACUAAAACCAGUUAAAAGUCUAGCUGCUGCAUUCUGAACUAGUUGGAGGCGAGAGAGUGAUUUCUUGUUUAGACCAGGGAGGAGAGAGUUACAAUAGUCCAGUCUUGAGAAAAUGAAGGCGUGGAUUAUCUUUUCGAGAUCUGGUGGGGUGAGUAUUUGUUUAAUCUUUGAAAUGGAGCGCAGGUGAAGGAAACAGGACUGGACAAUCUUGUUGAUAUGGGUGGAGAAGGUGAGGUCUGAAUCAAAGGUUACUCCCAGAUUUCUGGCUGUUGGUUUGAUGAUUACUGAGUGUGGACCGAGACAAGACUGAAUGAGGGGGAGUUUUGUAUGUUACAGAGAAUUAUUUCAGAUUUUGAAUAAUUUAGCUGAAGGAAAUUUUGUGCCAUCCAACAGUUAAUGUCACUUAGACAGUCCAUGACAGCAGCUAGGCCUCUUGGGUCCUCAGGUCUCAAAGGAAGGUAUAUCUGUGUGUCGUCUGCAUAGCAGUGAAAGGAGACUUUGUGGCGCUGAAUUAAUUGGCCAAGGGGCAGCAUGUAUAUAGAAAAUAAAAUUGGACCUAAAACUGAACCUUGCGGAACACCACAGGCGAUAGCAGAAGUAGAGGAGGUGUGAUUGCCUAUGGUGACCGCAAAGGUUCGUUCUAAAAGAUACGACUGAAACCAGCCAAGUGCAGUGCCCCUGACACCCACCCAGUUUUUAAGACGUUCAAUUAAAAUGGUAUGAUCAACUGUAUCAAAAGCUGCACUGAGAUCUAAAAGAAUUAAAAUCUUAAAGUCAGUAAUUGGGGGUUUGGUUUGAUACUCAGUUACAAAAUCUUAUCAACUUAUGUUUCAUCAAAAAAUUCUCCCUGUUUUAUUCACCCACUCCUUAACUGUAUCAAACAUGGAUAUAGCUUUGGGAGUAUCGCCCACUGACUCCUGGAGCAGAUUCCUCAAAGCUGUCAGCUCCAGCUUUAGUAAGGCUGACUCAACCAUACUUUCAGUUGACCUUGCUACAGGCAUAAAGGUGGCUUACAGCCAUCUCACUAAAUAGCUACAGUGUGCCCAAGCCAUCUGUGCCUCUGAUAACUCAAGGCUUGUUAUUUGAAGUAUCUUUACUUCAAAUAACCAAAGAUGGGCUUUUUUAAAUAGGUGUGUAUGUGGUUUCUGGAGCUUCUGGAGCCAGCCUCAAGUGGACACUUAAAGAACUGCGUUUUUAAUUUUUUAUAGCAUUUUUAGCAAUGGCUUCAUUUCCAAAUACUACUCGGUGAAAGCCUAAAAAUGGCAGUCACUGUACUGGAAAUGCUGACUCAAAGUAACGCACUCAGCAGAUCUGGCAGGAAACAGGGAAAUACCAUUCAGAGCACCAGCUCACUAGUCACAGAUGACAAGAUUUAACAGGGGUGUAACAAUCCUGUCUCCAAUCAGCUGUGUGAAAGGGGCUGCAGCAAGUGUGCCGGUCCAAAUACAACAAAAUCCACCCACUGUCGCUUGAAAAACUCACAUAUUUACACGUGUUUGUACAAGCUAUGAAACAUCUGCAUGUGCCUUUUUUUUUUUUAAAGAUCCGCUGAUGUUGAUAUGUAAAUGCUGUAUGCUGGUGUGUUAUGCUUAUAACACCCCACUGCAGAUGAGUUAGUAAUCAGAGAUGAAACCACCACCUAACCUGUUCCAACUGUAAGCUGGUGGAAAUUACUUUGCCUAAACAAAUGUUCUUCCUUUGUUUCGGCCAAGAGAGAAAGACACACACGCACGCCCACAUAAAGCCAUUCUCUCUCACACACACACAUGCACACACUCAAACUGUUCCAUCCAGUGAUCACAUUAAGCCACCCAGGCCCACCCAGUGACAUCAACAUUUCAGUGAUCAGGCCAAGAGAAACGCCUGCAGCAGACUCAGACCAGAGGAGAAAUCAACAAAAGGAAGACAGAGAAAGAAAACAGCUUUCUCUCCUCUUGUAUUUAGACGAUAAUGUUCAGGGGAUUUCUUAACAUCUACAUUUUCGAGAAGAUCUGAGUUUUCACAGGGCUGCAGGCAUUGGGAACCCUUUGUGCAAAUGCAGUGAUUCAUAACUUUUCCCGAUCUCCCACCUAACUCCUUUCAGCCGGCCAAAGAGGAGAAGGUGGAAGAGAGCGCAGAGAAAAGUCCCGAGGAGACCAAGGAGGCGACGGAGGGAGAAGACACAGAGGAGCAGAAGAAGGAGCAGGAAGGGACAGCGAACGGCGAGGAGGAGGUGGGAGGAGGAGAAGGAGGAGAAGGCCAGGGAAACACCUCCAUUUUCCAGUCUCCUCUACGCCUGGUGAGGAAGAGCAAGAUGAAGCUGGUGGUGUGUCACGUGAACCUCCUAGAUGGGAGUGACUUCUCCUGCGAGGUGGAGGUGAGACACACUCCUAUGUGCAUACACACUUAGUUGACAACACAUCUCAAACUCACAAUGUUGAGUGUGAAUCUAGAAUAGAUGUUACAGGUAAAGUAGACUUAUAUACUUUAAGGUGCAUGUGUAAAAACGUCUUUUUUUUGAGAGGAGGGAAGAGUUAGUCGCAGGUCAAGUAAGCCACACGUGAGUGCCAGUGUGUCAGUGAUGUAAUCCCUAAUAGGAUCAGAUCUGGUGUGUGAACGUCUAUGUAUGUGCGUGUGUUGGGGAGUUGGGGAGUUGGGGGUGUGUGGUUAACUUUCUGCCUCAAAGUGCAGUUAUGGCAGAAGCUGCAGCCACACACACACAGUUUGGGCGUGGUUAAGGGGAUAAAUGCCGAGCUCGCUACAGGGGCUUGUCUGGUGACUACGACACACACACACACACACACACACACACACACGAACGGAAACUUGUGAGAUUACGGGGGUCCCACCAGAUUAGUUUUCUGCAUCUGCUGCUCCCUAACAAGCACGUGUCGCAGACCCCCUGCAAACACUCUCAUACUUAUAGAUACUCGCAGCAUCAUGUGCGUUUCAUGCCCUCCAUCCUGCAUUAUUUCUAAGAUGUUGCUUGUUGUUCUCCUUUAUUUGUGAUUUUUCCCAUUUUGACCUCAUAUCACUCAUGAAAACUUGUAUUCCUUAAGCAACACACACAUUUGUAGUAGGGCUGGGCGAUAUGGCCUCAAAUCAAUAUCACAAUAUAUUGAGCAGUUUGCCUCGAUAACAAUAAAUGGACAAUAACUACUCUACAAGCUGCUCACCCCCUCCCAAAUUAACUACAUCUGCUUUUAUUUAUUUAUUUAUUUAUUUGACACAGAACAGACCAAUAUGAGCAAAAUGACGUCGGUUAUUGACGUAAAUUUCGGUAUCGGUAAAUUUUUGGUUUAUCGCCCAGCGCUAAAAUGAAGCCCUCCUUAUUUUAGUGGGAAUCUCCCUAGAAAAGCAAACCCUGGACCGAUUUUUUUCAUCUUUAUUUUCCACUCCAAAAUUCCCAUUUCAUCCUUUGACAAACCCUUUGACAAAACCUUUCCCCCCCUCUUAUCUGCGCGAUUUCCAACGCCCAGCAGCACGCCUGUGAGUGUCUGCGGCUGUUUGAACAGUGGCUGCUUUGUCUCCAAAGAGAAAACGCCGAUACUGCAACUAACUGCUAUUGUCCUGAAGUGCACACACAGACACACACACUGACUCACACACUCACUCACAUAUCCAGCUAUCCCUCCCUUCACACACUGGCAUAGUUAGGUUGGAAGAGGGAGAGAUGCACAAUGCAUUCCAGAGAUUAAAUUUUCUGUUUUUGCCCAGCAGGCCUCCAACACACACACACACACGGCACCACAAACACACACACACACUGCUCUCUAUACUAUCUCUGCUUCUAUCUCUUCCACCAUCCUCCUCCCGCCCUCUUCGUGAAACAUCAGCAUCAGUUUUACUCCGGGUAAAGACAUUAAUGCCGCUUUUAUUAGCCGUAGUUUUGAGUGAAAAGUCGCCCCAGACGUUUUCUGACUCCCGCUCUCAAAGCAGAGUCUUAGCGUCACAUGGUCUUUAAUGCUGUUUCUAAGAAUUUCAUUAGUAUAGGUUUCAGUGGGAUUUGAGUGUCACACGCUUUAAGUGGCAUUUCAUAGCCUUUCAUUAGCUCUCAGUCAGACAUAAGUCAAGCAGUGUUUGUAGAUAUUAUGCCUGUUGCUUUGCUGUUCACACAGAGAGGAGCGCGUUUAUUUCUCCAUGUUUACACAGGAAAACUGGUGAGAAAGAUGUACCUUAAUCAGUGUUUAACUAAAAUAUAGCUGUGAUGGGAGUUCAUAUUUUGGCUCCAGCGUGUUAACUAACUUUGAAUCUUGUCACGGACCAGAUCCACAGGUCUGUUACUCUGUAUUCACCUUAAUCUUGUGAUCUCUUUCGCUUUUUCUUGAUUCUGGAGGACCAAGGCUGUAAACAGUUCCUAUAAAGUCUUUUGAACUUACUGGAGUUUUUCCCACAUCUACUGGUAGCUUUUUGGGGUGGUGAUUUGCCAGACAAACCCUUAUAUCACUCACAAACCAUGAUGUCUAGGUCAUGGCAGACUGACAGUGUCUUUGCUCUGGGAACAGAAACCAAAAUACUUCCACUUAUCAGUUUUAAAAAGAUGCCGCAUCAUCCACAAUUACUACAUCAUCUCUCCCUUACUCACCUUUGGGAUCUGUCGUUUUCACUGAAGGGAGUAGAGCACAAAAAUGACCGCCUCUGUAGUUCCACAAACCCCCAAAUCUGCUGCACUGAAACAUUGCUUCACUUCCUGCUGCCCAAAGACAGCAUCAAGACCCUCUUGAUACUUUGUAUGACUUGGUUGACUUGAUAUAUCCGGGCAUUUGUUAUCACUUUAGCCCGCUCGUUAUUACCAGAUCAAGUCUGUUUAAAUGCCAGAGGCUGCUAAGUUUGAACAACUGUCUUUUUUUCCCUGUGGCAGUAACAUUUAUGUCCGUGUAAUUCCACUUCAAAUGUGUUAACAAGUUGGACGCGACGCCGACAGCUGCAGAACUAACUGCUGUGACAGAAACCGUGUUAGAGAAAAGUUUGAACCAUGUCUCAUCUGUCAAUAUGAAGAGGACGGGCUUUAUGAUGCUGCUGGUGAUCUUCAGCUUCAUGCCAUCCAUCUUUCCAGUCUAUCUAUGCUUCAAUGUCAUUCACAGUACAAGCUGUCUUUGUAUGUUGUUGAUGAGAUUGCAUGGGACAUACAUCCAUAGAUUUGUAGAUGAAAGUAAAGUCCCGGCGGCAAUCUCACAAUGGUUCUUGGCUAGUGCCUUGCUCCAGGGCACUCUGGCAUAGACUCAUAAAGUCCCCAAAAGGUCACAUUCUCACAUUCUGCGGGCAUUCACAAUACAUCUGCGCUGGCCAGUGCGUGCUUUUGGAGCAUGCCUUCCUACAAAGUAUAGGAAAAUGCCUGGGAUGCUUUCAGCUGUCCCAGGGUGAGAGGCAAAAUGCACUCUUUCAUCCUCUUCCCUUCCACUUUCACCACGCUCCCUGCCCCGUCUGCGAUUCUGUCUCUGCUAUGCAACGCUAACUUUGUGUGUGUUUGCAACCCAGCAUCAGACCGAGGGUGCGCCAACUAACAAAAGAGAAAUGAAUAGUAUUUACUUCUUUCAUUCUUCCACAUUUUUUUUGCUCUAUUUCCUCCCUCUCUCUCUGUCUGACCUUCAGUCCAUCUAAAGGCCACUGUCGAAUGUUUGCGUGCAUGCGUGGCUCUGCACGCACGGAUGUGUGCUAAAUGUCAUUGUCAUAGCUGUGAGUGGAGGCUUUUAUGGCUAAAACUCCCAUCGGGCCUAUCGGAGGAAUGUGCUGCCCAGAGACAGAUGGAGAGAUUGAGGGAAAAGAGUGAGAGAAUAGUGGAGCAGAUGGAGAUGAAACUGAAUAAAAAAAACAGAAAUGUAUUUAGGGAGAGGAUUGAAUAGGACACUAAGUCUCACAAGCUUAAAAAUGUAGUCCACUGAACACAUUUAAGUGGCUUUUAACAUCCUUUCCUGGCAUCACGCGCGGCAUCGUUCAAUCUUUGUUUCUCUCUUGUGUUGCAGAAACGUGCCAAAGGACAGUUCUUGUUCUUUAAGGUUUGCGAGCACCUAAACCUCCUGGAAAAAGACUACUUUGGUCUGACAUACACGGACAACCAUGAACAGAAGGUACGUGUCCAUACAUCCACACACAAACACAGGAUGUACUGUAGACCUAAUAAGUCAGUCAUGUACACUUACGUAGAAACUCCAGACAGACGCCUGUUCAGCAUCUCGUGACUGUUUGAUAACCGAGGUUAACUCUCUUCCUGCUCUCUCUCUUUUCUCAGUGCUGGUUGGAUCCCACCAAGGAAAUCAAGAGACAGAUACGCAGUGAGUUUAUUCUUCUCAAUCAUGCUCUCGCCGCCACAGGCCAUCUCUCUCCAUCUCCCUCAGCCUGUCCUAAAAAAGACGUCACGCAAUCCACGCGCCCUCCAGCUUCUCAGCCAAAACGCGAUGAAUAAAACAUCAAUAUUGAAUUAAUAAAUGAGUUCAAGUGUCUCCAUAUAAAAGAGAAGACAACGGCACACAAUCAAGCCCGACAAAGCCGCAGAGGCAUCCGAAACCAAACGACAGCCGUCUUGCCGGAGCUGGCAGCAUGCGAGGGGUUACCACAGUGUGAUCACUCCGCUUCAUUAUUUAUGGAUGUCUUUAUCGACUGUUGUUAAUAUAUAGACGCAGGGCCAGGCACGGCAUCUCACCUGCUGUCGACAGCUAUCAAGCGUCGUGGAGCAGCCAGGCGUAGUAUUUAAUUUGUGAAUGUGUGAACAGCCUGUACAGUAGGAGGGUUUUCCCAUGAAAGAGGAUGCUAAUGAUCUGCACAUUUGACAUCAGGAUAAAAACAACAAACAGGAUGUCUUAAUCACCUCGAUGAGUUGCAUUUUUCAGGGAAUUUUUUAAAUCUUGGAUUUAACCUGAAUCAGGGCUGUCAACGAAUAUUCUAAAUUCAAAUAUAUAUUAGAAUAUUUUAAAAAAAGCAAGAUUCGAAUAUGAAUUAAACAGCGGGGAAAAAGCUGAAAACAAUGAAAAAUUAAGAAAAAAACAGAGGCUGCUUUGCGAAUGAGCGCACUGUAACCACGGUUCAGGGACAGGUCACAGGAGCUGCACCUGCAGUGAGACUCGACAAAAACCGUCCGUGGCGCAUGCGUGGAGAGAUGGCGUGAUGUUCGGAGCCAAAUUCGUAGAGAGUGGUCUGGACUCCAACAAAACGCUCACUUUGGAAAUUCUUCAGAUUUUAGGCAGACACAGUCGACGGAAGAAAUGCUGAGCGAGAUAAAGUUAUAUGCAAGCUGUGUCAUUUUUAGAACGGAUAUUCGAACAUCAUUUUGGAGCAAUUUUGACAGCCUUACUCUGCUUCAGGAGCCAGUGGGUGACACUACUAGAGCUACAUCCAAGUUUGAUACAGUCAAAGAGUGGCUGAAUAAAACUGGGAGGAUUUCUUUGAUAACACAUAUGAGUGGAAAAGAUAGGCUUGUCAUUUUGGAGCAGUUUUGAUAGCCCUAGUCUUCUUCAUUUCUUCACUUAGGUUACUGUUAUCAGGGAUUUUUAAAUUCUUAUAUUCUUCUUGUUGUGAGUGUCUUGAAGAAUUUGCAGUUCUCCGCUGAGCUUCCCUCUAAAGAGGCCGCGCUUUUCACUCCUUUUUUACAAAGUGAGUCAAAUACAGGCUUUAACACAUAACUUCGAACUUUGAAAGAGGAAGGCGGAGUGAAAACAUAUCAUUUUGCCUCAUAAAGUGUUAUUUUAGAAUUAGCAUAUGUGGAAUAGCGAUGCUGGCUGGGUGUGUGCAGACUGUGCGAGCGAGUGAGCGUGUGGUGCGCGUGCAUGCCUGGGUUUUUGCGGCUCUGUCGCUGGUUGCGCCUGUGGUUCAUGGAUGAGUGGAAUGCAGCCAGCCGCAUGUGUGCGUUUGUGUACAUUUUUCUGUGUCUGUGUGUGGUUACUAUAAGAGGGAGGGUGUAUCAUAUCAUGUGUGUUUGUAGACGGAUUACAGCACAAAUGACAGGUCUGACACCAAUCUGCUCUGAAGUACCAUCGGUUUACGCCCCGAAGACACAGCUCUGCGUCACAGCACUGCGUCAGCGCAUACUGGGUUCAAACAGACGUACACAUUCGUCUUUGAAAGUGAUGUUCAUGGGUCAUAGAAAUAUACUCGAGUGAUCAAAGCCUCUGUUGGUCCUUUUAAAGCCUUGCUUCACCAGCAAGAGAUCUGAAGGUCCAGUAUGGGUGUAAAAUGGAUCUUAAAUUGUAUUCAUUAUGGUCUUAAAAACCCUAAAGAAAUUGUGAAUUUCAGGCCAUGGUUACUUGGUCCAAAAUAACUUCUAAGGGGUUAUCAGAGGAGCAGCCAGCUGGUUGCACUGAAAUGAUGAACAUUGAUCAUCUUGUAAAGUUAGAGACUAAGGACCAAUAGUAACUGCAGAAGUGUGCACAGACUGCUUAUUAGCCUGUACCUCUUCAGAGUGGAUUCAGUCUCUUGCACAAUCUUUUCAUCAUCCUGAUACUUGUGACAAUGUGGUGCAGAUGUGCUCGAGAUCGAGUAUUCAGCUACAUAUAAACACACUGCUGUUGUAUUCAAAGUAUCAAAGAGUCAAACAAGAAAUAACAAACGCUGUGGCCAAAGCAAACACACAGGUGGUAAAAGUGAUCUUCUCAGUAGUGAGGUAGUCAAGGCUAAAUUAACCAAGACCAAGAUGUGACCAAGAGUGCACCGAGAACAAGGCAGGUGGAGACUGUGACAAGACCAAGACCAUGUCGAUUCUCAUUCAGACUGAAUAUCCACGGAAUCGAAGCACUGAGGCCGGGGACUCUGGCUUGAGUUCAGUCAGUAGAGCUCUUUACAGCGUGUGGCGUCAGUUAAUGUUUAACAGCAGCACACAUGUUCCCCCCAUAAUCACACAAACCUUGAUAGUUCCGUGUCCCACUGGGCUGAUAACGUAAGAGAACUGUCGCAGGACAUGUGCAGCCGUGUAGAGAGCCAAUAGCUGCCGGCUAUGUUUAAAUUACAGCUUCAUAAGUGUUAGUGUGUUGUAUGAUUUAUGACCUCAGUCCGACAUUCCUCCAAGUCAUCCAUUUACUUCAUUUGUUUUUCACAUCAUAUGCAAAAUUCUAUUACCAAGGAGCCAGCUGGCAGAAAAAGUGGAGGUAGAGAGAGCAUCAAGGAGGUAAAGUAAGAAGGUCAAUAAACCAAGAGGAGGGAAGCGGACAUGUGGAGGAGGAGAGGGAUCGAAUGUAAAUAUAUAUUGGUAUGUGAAUGUCUGCAUCCUGGAGCAGAUUUAUAGACGGCACGUGGUCGUCUAGGAUGUUCAAAUGGUCAUGAGAGACCCCCCAAAGCACUUAGUGCUGCUGACAAACAUACAAACUCAAUUUCCCCUCAGACUCAGCAACACUCACCCUUUCAUCCAUUCAUCCUCACACAUCCACAGACACGCACAGGCGAGGAAACAGGAGUAUAAGCUCUCAGGAGCUUCAGUUUGUGUAUGUUAAUCAACAACACCUCAUGUGUUGCACUUUUCUCUCUCUCUUGUGGCUGCAGUGAUCGUGUCCUCGUUUCAUGUGUGAUUUAUAGUGUCCGUCCUUCGUCCUGCUCCUCUGGGAUGCAGCUGUGAAAGCUCUGUAUCUGCACACGUGUGUGUUCAUGUGUGCAUACGUGGAUGUGCGUAUGACCUUGGAGGAGGAAACGGCCUCGAUGCAAUGUCAGCUCUAGCCUGAUGGAAUUUUCCAGAUGUUAUGAUGUCCGUCUUAUACUGAGGGCGUGUGUCUGUGUGGGUACAUGGAUGCAGUGAAUGUGAAGGUGAAAGAGGUGGCGUGCAUGAUGAUGUGGCUUUACCCUGAAUUAAAGAGAACAGGAAGAAGACAGUGAUCUGAAAUGAGACCUGUGUUGACGAUGAUAUGGUGCUUUUUUUGCUUGUGAUGGUGGUCAUGAUGAUAAAGCUCAUAGCUCUGUAUUUGGUGAAACACGGUUAUGUAAUAGCAGAUCUGGUGCUGUAUUUUUUUACAUCAUGUGUGUGUGUGAGCGAGCGUGCAUGCGUGAUGCACCAAGCUUAGCACUGCUCAAAAGCUGCUCUGCAUUAGACAGAUGGGUGAGACAGGCAGACGGACGGGUGGGAUAAAAAUAUAUUCAAGAACUGUCAUAUGAUUGAGAUUCUAAUUUAGAUAUAGUCUUCAUAUUCAUGCAGUGUGUGAUGGUAUCAAUUUCAAUUCACUCUCUGUCUUCUUCAGGUAACAACUGGCAGUUUGCUUUCAACGUCAAGUUCUACCCUCCUGAUCCCUCACUGCUCACUGAAGACAUCACCAGGUACAAAACACUACCAGAGGAGCUCAGACUUUGGGGGUGGGAUGGAGUGGGGGGGCAGAAGCUUGGAGUGGAAAUCACCAGUGGCCCCACGAUAAGAUAUUAUCACGAUACUUGGGCUAUGAUAUGAUAUUAUCACGAUACUCAGGCCACGAUAUGAUAUUAUCAUGAUACUUGGGCCACGAUACGAUAUUAUCAUGAUACUUGGGCCACGAUACGAUAUUAUGAUACUUGGGCCACGAUACGAUAUUAUCAUGAUAUUUGGGCCACGAUACGAUAUUAUGAUACUUGGGCCACCAUAGGAUAUUAUUACGAUACUCGGGCCACGAUACAAGACUGUCAUGAUACUUGGGCCACAAUAUGAUAUUAUCACGAUACUUGGGCUAUGAUAUGAUAUUAUCACGAUACUCAGGCCACGAUAUGAUAUUAUCAUGAUACUUGGGCCAUGAUACGUUAUUAUUGCAAUUUUUAACAUUUGGCAAUACAGUGAGUAUUGCCGUACAAUAUGUUGCGAUUUAUACAUUUUUUAAAAAUGUUUAGCUAAUUUAGCAUCUGUUUUUCCUUUAUGUCUGUCUUAUUUAAGCAGUAUUUUAUUUUCAUUCAGCAUUUCUUGCAAACCUUAUAUGUCAGAUCCAUCUCAUUUGUGCCCUGCUGUCAUUCCUAAUGUCCCUCCCCAGGUGCUGCUAUAUUUGUUGUACCAGCUUUCUCCUGCUCUAUGAUGUCACCUCCACUAACCUCACUGGAAAAACAGUUGAUUCUAUUUUAGACAAAAUAUCGCGAUACUAUGCCGAUUUUUUUUUUGUCCCACCCCUAGUACAAGCCUGUAAAUAUAGGAAGGCUGGAGUCUUCGAUUUGAUCUCAAAAUCAAUCCUAAAACAAAUCCAACACCAACUGGCACAAGCCGGCAUUGUGCACAUUGUUAAUUCAUUUGAACAUAUGCAUGCACACACACAUGGGCAUGCUCCAAGCACAGAGCAUUUAAAUCAGAGUGUAAGUCUAAUGGGGCGUAUAGCUUCUCUGAUGGUUGAGGCAAAAGGCUAACUGAGGACACACGCUCAAUUAGAGACAUUUUCUUAGACAGUUAGCGACACCUGAGCUGAACUCAGUGGAUUCAGUAUCGGCUUCAACCUGAAUAUAAAGGCUUUACAUUCCAGUUUGACUUAUUUUCAUUCCAUGUAUUCUCAUUUUAACAAGCUAAAACACAGAAUUAUAUUUGUCUGGUGAAGAGAGGCCUCCAGACUGGAUGAGUGGAGUCCAAUCUCCUGUUUCAGAGAGUGUUUGUCUCACUUAAGUGACUUUGAAUAACAUUUUUUUAAGCAGCCAAAUGAUGCAUUCACCAGAACCCUGAAGUGUCAGUCAUUCACAUAGAAGCUCCAUUCACAUGACAAAUUCUUAUGAAGAGCCUCUACAGUCAGCCAGUAAAUCAUCUGCACAGAAGCAGACCUUAUGCUUCUGAGUUUGUGUAUGUCACAGGACAAAAAGCUUUUCUAUAAGACACACUGUAGCGCCAUGCUAAGAAAAUCAAACAACAAACACACCACCAAGGAAGAAAUUUAAUCUGCACCAGCUGAUCUUGGCCUCACCGGAGGAGUGGCUGCUAGGAUUGUUAUUUAUUGUUAUCAUGAACAAAGAAGCAGCUUCCAGUUCAGGGAAAGGAUUAGAAACAGGUUUCUUUUAAAAAACAGUGAGACUUUCCUCUAAAUCCUGGCCGGUCUCUCUGUUUCUCUGUCCUGUAGGUACCUGUUGUGUCUGCAGCUGCGUGAGGACGUGGCCACGGGUCGACUGCCUUGCUCAUUUGUCACACAUGCUCUGCUGGGGUCCUACACACUGCAGGUAACAUUUGCUAAGAGUAAAUAUGAAUUUGAUGUACAGGUGAUGCCAAAAUACCUCCCAUAAGGUUUUGGUUUCACUGUUUGGGGUACUGUUGUAUCGUCCAUCUUUAUAUUAACAGAGCGCAUGAGCUUUUGUCAAAAAGAACAAAUGAAUGUGACUUUGGUCUGACUCCUUGUGGUUCACAGGCUGAAUUUGGUGACUACGAACCCGACCAGCCUCGGCCUCUGGACUACAUCAGCCAGAGGACCUUUGCGCCCAAUCAGAACAAAGAGAUGGAGGAGAAGAUCCUUGAACUCCACAAGUCUCACAGGUCGGAGAUAAUGAGUCUUCUGUAGAUUUUUAAUGUACCGUUACUCUGAUACUGUUCAUCUAAGGGACUUUGGCUUCCCUGUGGUUGUAGGGGGAUGACACCCGCACAGGCUGACACCCAGUUCCUAGAAAACGCCAAGAAGCUGUCCAUGUACGGAGUGGACCUGCACCAUGCUAAGGUAUGAUUAUGAAAUGAAUGAACGUUUUGAUAUCCUCCUGUCUCUUCUCUUUUAUUGUCAGCAUCUGGAGGAUUAGCACAGUUUCUUUGAUGUGGGAAGAGUGUGCCCGUGUUUCUGCAUGUUUAUCUGUGUGUGCGUUUGAGUGUGUGUGUGUGUGUCAGCUGUACAAACACUCAGGGAGGCCAUUACCAUGGGAACAGUGAGUCUCUCUCAGUGGGAUAGCAGGUCAUCAGCAGAGUGCGUGCCUGUUUCCACGUUUGUCUGAGUACUUUUGUGUGUCUCUGUGCAAGACGGGCAGAAAAUGGGGGGAAAUAUGCAUGAGGGAGAGAGAGAGAGAAGAAGAGUCUGAAAAUAGAAAGAGAGGAUGCAGAUGCAAUAUUGAGGAUAUUCAGCAGACAAAGACAGACGGAGAGAGCCACAAGGGUAGAGCAAACAGGAACAGGUCUUUGAGACAGAAAGAGAGGAGAGUCCCCUUUAAGGGCAUGCUCCACUUGUUUGCAACAGAGAGGGAAACAAGGGAAGAGGAGAGCUGCAGAGAGGAGGUUUUAGAAAUGUUGGAAAUCUUUUUUUAUAGCAUACCAAAGUUGUGGGAAUUCAAGGAGCAGAUCUAUUUCUGUCCUAUGUUAAUAAUUUGUCCUGCAAAGACUUAAACCGCAAGGCCCAAUAAGGGAACAUGUGGAAUACUGCAUUUUUCUACAUUUAUACUCCACGUUGAAUGUUUACUGGAGGUUGGACUGAUUCCAGUUAUUUUUUAUCUUGAUGCACCUGUUUGAAAACAGCAUGUUGCAGUGGUUAGAAAACUUUUUUUUUGUUUGUACAGACGUUUAACUGCACAAAACAGUCAACAAAAUAGGGCUGUCCUGUUACGAUAUUGAUAUUGUAUAUCGGUCCGAUAUCAGCCAAAAAUCAAAUAUCGGAUUAUAUUGGCCUGCAUCUAAAAUCUCUGAUAUUAGCACUCCGGUACAAGCAGUCCAUUCCAGACUCCACUCUGGUACCUCUAUCUAGCAGCGCCCACAUCCAGCAUGCAGAGCCCACGUGAUCACAACAACAGUUUGUACUAAGGUGCAAACAAAGUAGCAAGGAGUAAGAGUGAUGUCAGCUGUGUGGCAGUAUUUUUCAUUAAAGUCAGAAAAAGACAUCGCAGCUGAGUGUAAAACUUGUCAUGCACAAGUUUGUGCUAAAAUUGAAUCAAUAUCGGUAUUGGCCGAUACUGAAGGCUGACAUUGUCCCUGACAUUAUUGUCCAGUAUAUCAAUAGACAUCUGUAGUAAGACGCUGCAGAUGUUUUAUCAGUCUGUGGUGGCAAGUGUUCUACGCUGCAGGGAAUUAAUAAAGUUCUUCUUAUUCUUAUAUCGGUAUUGUAUCAGAAGUAAAAAAGUUGUAUCGUGACAAUCCUACAACAAUACAAACAUUAUAGUCCAUAGUAAUAAAAUAUGAACAAUUUGUCAGACCAACUACAAACUCUCUUACUGACUAGCAAAAGUUACCACUUUGAAUCAUUGAGUCGACUAUAUUUUUUAUUCCUUUUCAUAUUUAUCGUGCGGUUUGAGUUAUUUGAGAUCUCUAAAUUCACUCAACCUCUCAUCCUUCCGCCACUAAAGGACUGUUUUCUGGUAAAACCCACAAAGAGCUAAUGGAAAACCAGUUCUUUCCCACUCCCUCUCAUUGAGUCAGUGUGUCGGAGCCUCGGUGCUAAAUGUAUCUUAACCAGCAGCGCAGGGAUCAAUGAGUGGCCAAUAACAUGGCAAGACCAUGUGAUGUGUUUGUGCGCCCUAGUAAAACUGUCCAGCCUCAAUAUAUCGCAUCCUCCAUUAGUCCAACAGAUUUUUCCCGUUAAUUGACCGCUGUGAUCAAUAACCCCCCCUCCACCCCCCUUCCAUUUAACCAGAUGGCCUUGGACUUAAAAGCUUUGCUAGCCAGUUAGCCUGUCAGCUAACCAUGUUGUGACAGUGUUUGUUGACCUUUCACACACUACUUAAGAAAUCAAUUGAUGACCCGUGUAAUCUCAUUUAGACAAACAGGAUGCAUAUGCAGAUUCCUCAGAGAUUGGCGCUUUGACAUUUUUGGUUUAAGUGUGUUUUAUUAAUAUUUCAUGUGACUGUUACAGGAUUCUGAGGGUGUGGACAUCAUGCUAGGCGUGUGUGCCAACGGACUCCUGGUUUACAAAGACAGACUCCGGAUAAAUCGCUUUGCUUGGCCCAAAAUCCUCAAGAUUUCCUACAAAAGGAACAACUUUUACAUCAAGAUCAGACCAGGAGAGGUUUGUAAACAGACACACAGAAACAGCUGAUUCAUUUUCUGAUGUAUUAAAUCUUAAGAUUGUCAUUACUUUUGUCUAAUUGUGCUCCUCCGAUAGACGGAGCAGUUUGAGAGCACAGUGGGAUUCAAACUCCAGAACCAUCGAUCUGCCAAAAGGCUUUGGAAAGUCUGUGUGGAGAAUCACAGUUUCUUCAGGUAAACACACACCCCAAAAUCAAACACGCACCCUCUACGCUCAUAGAUUUCACAGAUUUGCAGUGUGGCGUGCAGGGUAAUCAGAAUACCUGGUCUGUUAGCGUCCAGUAGAGAGAUGUGUGCUUUUUAGGAUCAACAAACGACUUGCUUUCUUUCCAGAACACGGGGAAAUAUUUCGCGGUUGUUUAACCAGUCUGCUACCUGAGGCGAUACACACUCCAACACAAACACACAUGCUUAUGAAGCAGGUGCCUGUCAUUGCUGUGUUUGUAAUCGCCAGGAGUGUAUACUGUUUCUGAUUGUUUCUCCGUCUGCCUUUGUUUGCUUGAGAAGAAAGGAAUAAGCUUUAAUAUCCUGUCCAGGGAAAAGGUGCCUCUCCAUACAGUACUGACUGUUACAUUUUAUUACGAAGUAAAUCCCCAAUAUUUUCUCUCCCCCCUCGCUCUUUUUGCAGGUUAAACGCACCAGAACCUCCCACCAAGGCCCGCUUCUUGACUCUGGGCUCCAAGUUCCGUUACAGCGGGCGAACUCAGGCCCAGAGCCGCGUGGCCAGCUCCCUCAUAGACCGACCCGCGCCCAACUUUGAGCGCACCUCGUCCAAACGCAUCAGCCGCAGUCUGGAUGGAGGUAAAGAUUCCAGCUUUCAGAUGAAAAGAGAAACGGGAGGAAUGAUGGGCAGAGGGAGCGAGGGGUCACCCCCGCGUGUGUUUGGGUGUACAAAGCGAGUGUGCGACCAGAUACAGGAAAUAGCUGCAGCAUAUGUUUCCUGUCACACAGGGAGAGACAGAGGGAGAAAGAGAAGAAAGAAAGAAUACUAGUGUUACAUGUGUGUUUGAAAAAGAGAAAAAGGAUCUGAGAACAACAGUAGAUUCUCAACUGGUUUUGUUCUUUCUCUAGAGGAAACACAAAAUCCAGGAAAACAGAGCAGUGAUUAUAAUAACAUACAGACUCAUUUACCAUAAACUGUUUGAUCAUUUUGGGACAGUUAACAUUUUGUAAUCAAACGUUUGAAAUUUUGUCCCUAUGACUUUGAUUUUUUGAGGGUUUAGCUUUCAGAUUGUUCCUUAUGCAGCCUUUUAGGUUGUUAUGCAAGCUUGCAUUGCCCCCUGGUGGAUGUUUUGAUAAACUGCAAGGCCAGUGUGCACAAAAAAAAAAAGAAACCGCUUAUCCUGAAUCGAAAAAGACGAGUAAGAUAUCUGAUUUUUCUGAAUGAGUUCAUAUUUCGUGUUUUGCUCCUUUGCAGCACCGGUGAUCAGCAUAACCGAGGCCGGCACAGCUGAGAACGGACGCGAUCCCCACCUGGAACUCCAUUCUGACUCUAAGGUGUGUGUAUGUGUGUGUUCGCGUGUGUGUUUUGUUUUUGUCGUAUGUGUUGUGUAUUCGGAAGACGAAAGAAAAAGCAAAGAAGACGGAUGAAGAUCGAUGUCAGAGAGGAAGUCUUUUGUUUCCUUUUUUAAUACCAUUAUAUAAACACAGAGGGUCGGUCUGGUCCCACAGGAACUGAUAAUGUGUUUUGUAUUAUAUUAGUGAGAUGUUAUGUUCAAGAGAGAGAUGGAAAAACAGGCCUGCUGCCAGCUUUGACUGUAUUAGUAGUGUGUAUUGACGAGUCUCUUAGCUUUAUGUUGCGCUCAAAUUCGGCUUUUUAUUCAUUAUAACAACGUAACAACCUGCAUCUUUCCAGGGUGGAUAAACCGCAUUAGCACCAUUAACUCAGGAGAAGGAGUAACACACUGUCUCAUGAGAACAUCAUGGAGAUAAAUCUGGUACAAAAGUGAAGGAAGACACAGCAGGAUGAUGUAUACGUGUGUGCAGGGGAAGUUAAAUCAGAAGAUUGUGGACAGAGGGGAGAUAACAGACUAGAAAGAUUGUGUAUUAGGCAGCAUUUUUAACCAAUCAAAACAAAGAUGAAACAACAGAACCAAAGGUGACAGCAAGAGGACAAAUGAAGCAAUGACGCAUGGCACCGAGGGGGUUUACGAUGCUUUAGUUUGGUUAUUUCUUACACUUUUGUUAACUUUUCAAAGUAGUGGGGCUGUAAUCAAGCAAAGAAUUUCUUGGUCGACUAAAACUCUGAAAUUUUCAACCAAAAAAAUCAACUAAUUGGGGUGCGCGGCUCGGCAGGGUCGAAAAUAUACUGAUAUCAGAACAAGAAGGCAAUUAAACGCAAAUAUUAUAUUCAGCAAACCAUCAGACGUUGAUUAACGUGGACGCUCUUUAAUCUUCAUGUUUUCAGCUGGUCUCCAGUGGGGUGGGUGAAUCCAAAAUGGUGAAAACAACGGGGGUGUUCUGAGACAAGCUUUUACCCGCUCUAAAAAAAACACCCCCAUUAGCACUUGGUAUGUUCCUCCUGAUGAAAUUAACUGCAGACUGUAAAUUGACGCGAAAAAAUACAGAGUCGACCAAUUCCAACAAGUCGACUUUACAGCCCUACAAAGUAGACAAGCACAGUCAUGUUCUUAUGUGUUACAGAGAUAUCUAGAUUAUUAACUGGACCUCUUGUUUAAUCAGUCAGGCUGCCUCUCCUUCAUGCAUAUGCAAAGGCCUGAAGGAAAACCCAACAUCAACUCGACCAUAACUCUGUUGCGUUGUUCCCCCCACCUCCAAAUAAUCAAACUCUAGCGUAUUCCUGUAGUCUUGCAUGCGUCCUGCUCCCCCUGCCUCUCCUCACUUUCUUCUCUCCCCAGCCCACUCUCGCUCACUGUCCCAGCACUGAAAAAUGCCCUGGCGUUUGUUUCGUGGUGGCUCCCCUGUUGAAACCGUUUCUGCACACUGUUGUACUCUGCACUGAGCUCAAACCCUGCUGUGUUCACUUUUAACCUGGUUGUUGUGAUGUUCACUGACUAAUGUUGUGUCUCUUUCCUUCUCUCUUUUUCCCUCACUGGCUUUUUUUUUUUUUUUGAUUUGUUCGAUCACUCCACUUUUGCAUGCGGUCACUUCAAUCAUCAUUUCAUACAAACUGACAAAUGAAAUGAUAUUUUUAAUGCACAUUGCGUCUCUUUUUUUGUUAAAUCUUGUCUUCACUGCUUGAUCCCACACUUUGUGGAUGAAUGUGCACCGUCUCUCCUCUCUCUCCUCUGUGUUGUCAUGUUUGUCUCUCCUUCCUUUUCCUCCCCCUCUCCUCUCGUGUGUGUACUCCCUUUGUCCCGCCACUCCACCGCCAUCAGUCAAUCUUCAUGUUCCCUCUCUCCUUCUCCUCGUCAUCCUCACUCUCCUCCAUCCCUCCCUCCCUCGACUCGAUCUCCGAGCUCGACCACGGCCUGUCCGACAUUUCAGAAGACGACGAUCACGCCGACGACACAGCCACCACGCUCACUCCGUGGAUUCUCCCCUCGAAUGCGUCCCCUCUGUUAUCCGAUCACGCUGAUCCCGAAAACGCACCAAUCACAAGCACGCAAACGCACAUUUCAGAGCUUUCAGGUGUUGAGGAAGGCUGCCUCGCUGAAACCAGGGCAGCAUCUGGAUUAUCAAAGUGUUGGCGCUGGUUCUCUCUGAGGGGUGUGGUUAAAUACGUGUCCUUCAUGCUGAGUUUUCUCUCUAUUUCAGGGGAGAAUGUAAACAGGUGUCUGCCCACGAAGCUCUUUUCAGUAUCAACAAAGAAACUGGGCAGUUUUGCUCCUCCUGUGUCCAAACUUGUGUCAAAAUUAAAGAAAAUGACCGUCGUUGUCCCGAAGUUUAUCAUUUCUAACAUGACAACAGCCAGAAUACACCAAAUUCUUAACAGUCUGAUGUCGAAACUGACCACCUUUGAGGCAUUUAUUGCGAGUUAUUUGACCGCUAAAUGCACAAGUUUGAUUCCCGCUGUUCUGUGGCGCCCAACGCGGCUACGUUUACCCUCCAUCUCUUCUUUCACAUGCCCUCAAAUCCUCUCCCUCCCUUCCUCCUCCUCUCUUCCGACUCUCUCCACGCUCUCUCCGUCCAUACAUCGCUACCUCCUGAACCCCUCUCCUCUCUUCCUGCCCUUCCUGUUGGUCACCUUUCUUUUACUCGUGAUGCUGACUGCGAGCCAGUCUUUAAUCUUGGCGCUGAUUUUAGCCACGCCCCUCGGAUUGACCCUGUGUUACCUGGAGAACGUGGUGUCCAGUCAGAGGAAGGCGGUUUUGCCUAUGUUCCUCCGCGAAACUUCACACGAUGAGUCCGAGGAUCCCGGUUUCGACAAGCAGGCGUCUUCUCUCACACCCACACACACACCUCCACGCAGCAGGCACCCAGCGAGCGCAACCUGGAUGCAGGAGAUGUGCGACCCUGCUGCGUAAAUACACAACAUACACAAACCCGACAACCCCGCCCCCUACUCUCUCUCCUUUUGUUCUUCUUUUCCCAACUGUGGCGUUUAUCCUCACCACCACCCCUGACUUUACCUCAAAUAUUCUUUACCAUCCCUGAAAACCGACUGUGUUUGUGUAAAGGAAUUAAGAUCAUUAAAAUGAAUUAUGACAAAGAAGAGAAAAUAUUAUGAAUAGAGAGCAACUAGAGGGACAAAAAAGAGAUGUGUAUAUACUGUACAGGGAUGAUAAAUGAAGGAAAAGGUGACGGUACAAUCAUUUCAGAGCUCAAAUUCAGAGUUCUUUACAGCUCCUGUGAGGACCUUUUGGUUUGUGAUACUCUGUUUAUUUACUCUGAAGAUCGUAUUAGUUUUAGCAGCCCAUUAAAAAGGCAUCAAUACUAAUUAACUUACUUUUUAAUUACCAGCCAAAAACUCCACACAGGAGCUUUAAAACGAGUCGUUGUCGCUCUCAAAAAGGCAUUCCCCACUGCCUAUCUGACGCCCAACAGAUUGAUGUAAUGUCAUUAAAUUAAAUUUAAGGACCUAAAGUAAAAUUUGUGACAUGCGAGGAACUAAAGCACUAGUUUAAAAUGCAAUAAAUUUUGGCACAGUUGCUGCAUUUUGCCUUGUUGUUGUAGAGGAAAGGAGACAGGGAUAGAUUAGAUGAAGCUUCGAUGUUUUGAUUGUACAAAUAGAUACCCAGGCUUGAUAGAGUUAAGCCCCUCCCCCCACUCAAAGCGCUUUGACUUGUGUAUUACUACUAAUGAAUGUUAAGUGUAAACAGUGUUACACACCCUCUCAGACCUUUGGUUCAGGACUCUCCCGCUCUUUGUGUGCUGUAUCGAGUCGAACAGUAGUGGUUACCAUUUGGCGUUGUCGUGUUUAACCCUGUGAAGAGAAUAGAUGAGUGAAAGACUCGCAUAUCCGGUCUUAAUAUCUGAGAGCAAGUCUGCUAAAGUUAGCAGGUUUGUGCUCCUCUAACUCUGAUGGGAGUUGUAGUAGUUGUAGUAGACGUGGUCUGGGACACAUUUUUGAACACAUCACGUCAAGUAACACCAGCUGUGUCUCGUUAGCCACCGUGUCGGGCUUCUUUCAUGUUCCUGCUCCUGUUGGGUUUAAGUGCAAAGGUCACACGACCAGCAGUACCUCUUCCUGACACCUCGGGAAGAAACGAGCUUUUCCCAUCAUCCAUUUCACAUUAUUCUUUCUCCGUGCCCCCCCCAACCCCCAUCCUUCAUUUUAUCAUCGCUGCUGUCGCCAUGACUACAAAAAAGAAGGCUAAGGAGGCGGACUUGAGCCCAGGCGAUGCAGAAGCCACCGCCACCCAGGUCUGUAGGGCCUGUUUUUGCCCAGAAUGCUUUGCAAAAUCUUGGGUUUGGGACAUUCAGUGGUUUUGACGGUGAAGCAGAGCGUACUUUCACUAACCCUAACCUGUCCUCACUUUCUCCCCGACAUUCCCCCUUCAGCAGUCACCUGAAGCCCUUGAGCCGGCCCCCUCCCAGGUUCACACUCUGUUAUUGGUUAUUUGAUGGUGUAUUUGGUCUGUCAAUCAUUUGCUCUGGUUGGUUUUGGUUUUUGGUUUUGGAUGGUGAAGUUGCUCCAGCAUGAUGAUACAGUCAGUUUUUGAAUUCCAGCCUCUACAGACCCAACCAGAGAAAUCCCCCCAUGUGGUAACCCCUAUGUGUCACGAAAAACUGUUUCCAUUCACACUCCCUGUUUUCAGAUUGGACCUAAAUUCAAAAACUGACCCUGAACGGAGCUCCUUUUUAGUCUCAAACCUUCACUUUUGGUUGCUCUGCUGUGGUUUUCUGGUUUCACAUUUUCAGUUUGGUUUUUCUGGGUUUCCGCUGUUGUUGGUACUCACUGAAAACACCCUGGUUUUGUUGGUUUGUUUAUGCAUGUACUGGCGUUGUGAUAUUUUUUAAUACUCUGAAUGUUGUGUGUGUUAGCAUGGGUACAAGUGCGAGCUCUGUUACAUUCAAUGGGAGUAAACAGAAAGUUGAAGAGCUGUGCUUGUACCCAUCUUAAAGUCUACAACAAAGUUCUGGGCGUUUGGCUGUGUCACCACAUGUUUCCUGUAUUCACUCAUGAUUUAUGAUGUACUGAAUUUAUUAUUUAUUUGAAUUGAUUUGUUUGUUUUGCACAGCUAAAAUUAAGUACACACUUUUUUUUUUUUUUUUUUUAAUUUAAUUAAUUUUCUCUUUUUCAUUUUUUUUUGCUGUAUGUCUGCCUUACAGAGUCCAAUGAGAGUGCAUGGGGACAAUAUUUAUGUGAGGCACAGUAAUUUAAUGUUGGAGGUUGGUACUGGCGUUCGCCUGAUGGCUGAAAACGAAAGAACUACAUGUCUCUGUGUACUCUGAAGCCAUCAGAACUUCAACUUCCUCUGAACUGUUUAAGACUGCUGCCCUCUCGCACUCUCAGACUCUGUGUGCAUGCCUGCGUGUGUUUGUUUGGAUAUUGGAUUGUUUUCAGCUUGUAUUUUCAGCCUGAUUGAAAUGGUUUUAUCUGAAUUUUACUGCUUAUUGCCCCUGAUCUCAUGGCAGUCAUUUUGAACAUUUGAACUUGUAAACCACAUUUUAUGCAUUUAGUGUAUAUGAACAAAAAGAAAUACAGGGCUUGACACUAACUGCUCCUAAGUUGAAAAAAGUAAGGAGCACUCAAAUAACUUUAAGGGCACAAUGAAAAUGGAUCAAAUUAAGGUAAAAGCAAUUUUAGGUCAAUUGGUCACAUGACAUGAAAGCUAUUGAAGGAAAACAGCUUUUUUUGAGAACAUCAACCAGUAAUUUAUUGAUGGUCCCUUAUUCAACACCCAACGUGGACAGCGAGGGUGCCGAGUAGAUUUAACCGUGCUGCUGCUGACAUUCCCGGUUAUGGAGAGUGAGAAGACUUUGGUAGAUCUGCAGUGAAUGUCCGUCGAAUAUCCAACCUAAAACUAACUUCAUCAUGGUAUUUACUGGGGCCUGACCGAUAUGGAAUUUUUCUACCGUUACUGGCACGGCUAACAGUGUAGCAAGGCUAAUAGCAGGUGGCUAACUCUAACGCUUGCAUAUGACAUGUUGCUUCACCGUCACUCUGCUGUGCUGUGAGGUAGUUAGUGGAUGAAGAUUGUCAUGAGGUCGCUGCGCCAUCUACUGGAUAAAUCGGGGGAUCUUUUCAAAUGGUGGAACAUUUUCGAAGUGAAACCAAAUCUUAUUCUCCGCAUUUUAUUUCUGAAAAUAUAUGUGAAAAUAGUCGAGUUUUGGCCGAUUACCGAUUAGUCUCAAACGGGCUAAAAUUGGCCGAUUUAAUCGGCUUGUCGAUAAAUUGGUCGGGCCCUAGUAUUUACAUUUACGUUGUUUUUAUACGCGCACAUGUGCCCCUUAAAUACAUUUUACAAUUCACACAAAUCUAUUUUUAUUCACAAAUGUGAGUGAAACGGCAGCACUACCAAGUCCUGAAGUAUAAACUUUAAUGUACGGUAGUUCUGCCUCCUCAAAGUCAAAAAACCCAAAUAACAAAUAUGAGACUGUCUUCUGUACUUUGGAAACAACAAGUACAGCAGUUGUUCUAAUUGUUUAAGAUCAGGAACAUCAGGAUAAUACAUUUAACCACUAUCCCUUCUACAGAUCAGUUUUUUCCACCUGAUCCAAAUUGAGUUUUUUUUUGCCCAAAGCUAAAUGUUCACAAUGGCUGUUCUGUGAGUCGGGUCAGUGGUGUGUGAAUGUGAGUUUCAUGCAUGCCCUGUGCAUGUGGAAUGCUGUUUUAUGGACUUCCACACUAUGUCACAUGCCAAAUCCUUGAUUGAUUGAUUGAUUGAUUGAUUGAUGAUUUUGAUUAUUGCCAGGCAGUUGUGUCUAACCUGACUAACCCGGCUGCCUCCCUAACCCACAAGAGAAGUUUCCUCCUGUUUCCUGGUGGUUUGCAAAAACAAAAACCCUUGAGUGAUGCGUGGUUUGAUAACAUACUAAAACAACGACUACAUGUCUCUUUAUGCAACAUGGGACUGAUAGUGAUUCACUGCAAUCUCUGAGGUUAGAUGGACGGACACGCAGAGAUGAGAGAGAGAGAGAAGCGCUGUCAGCUCCAUGUUGUGCAGACUGCACUUCUCAGUCCCUGACUCGAUUUAUGAAGAAAUUCCUCCACAAGAUGGAGAGGCCUUAUUUCACUGCAGCCUGCUAAAAACACACAAAGUCACAGACAACACGGAUGUCGAAUAAAUGAUUGAGAAUUUGGGAAUCUCUAAAUUAGGCUCGAGUGAGGCAUGGCUCCCAUCUUGUCUUCCUCCUGAUUGACAGACUAAUGUUCCUGUGCCCUUCUGAUCCAAAUGUUUCCCUUUCUCCCCAUCCUGCUCUCCUUUUUCCUCCCGAUUUUUCAUCCCUUGUCUCUCCUUUUACCCCUGUGAUGUUUCUCCAUAUCCUCAUCCUGCCAUCUCUUGUUUUAAACCUCUCUCUUACCAAACCAUCCCUCUACUUCCCCUCAUCUCAACAUCUACCUCUCAUCCCACAUCUUCACCCCAACUCUGUUCCUCCUCCCUCUCAUCAUCCCAUAUUUAUUCAUACUCAUCUCAUUCACUCUUCCACUUUACAUCUCCCUCCCCUUCCUCUCCUCCCCCCCCUCAUUAGGACCAUGAUAAGACCCAAGAGGAGGUCCUGAAACACCAAGCUAGCAUUAGCCAGCUUAAACGCUCCUUUAUGGAGGCGCCACCUCCCUCUCCUCCUCAGCCCAACCAGUGGGAGAAACGUCUCACCUCCUCCCCCGCUACAACGAUACGUAUUCAGCCGCAGCAAGUGGUACGUCUGAUGGAUGUUUCUGUGUGAGGAAAAACACUUGAAUGAAACUUGUUCAGGUGGAAUGAGGUCUUUCAGAUGUUUGCAGUGCUUUAAAAGUGUUUCUCAGAAUUUUGCUGCAGAGGAAACGUUGUGGUUCAUCUGUUUUGACAUGUUUGUUUGGGAUUUCCUAACCUGGACAAGAAGGUUUUCUUUUUCAGCUGGACUCCACUUUUUACCUCUUUUACAUAUUCCUGCAGUAGGAGGGUCUUAUUGUUUCGCUGGUUUGCUUUUCAUUUUGAUAUCUUGUCGCUCCGAUCUUAGAGGGAUGUCUGUUUUUUCUCUCCCCCUUUGAAACACUUGUUGUUUUUGUCUCUCUACUUCUCUGCAUCCUGUGUUUGUGUGUGUGUGUGUGUGCGCGCGCCGUAGAGCCUGGAAGAAGAGAUAGCUUCUGUACUUUUCAGCAGACACUCCGGCACCGGCUUUUGUCCGGGCGCCGCGUCCUCCUGCAGCAUUCCUGAACCAACACUAGAUGCUGUUAUAACCACAUUCUCAGCUCCUCCUACCGUUUCCACCGCUGUCUGCGAAACUGCAACAAAAGACGAGCUUCUUAUUCCCACAACUGCUUCAAUCUCUGCCUCUGAGGUGCUGCUAAUACUGCACAACAUUAGGGAGUCAGUUUACUUUAAGUUCAGCCCAUACACUAUUCUGAGUCGCAGUGAUUGAUGGACUGGCAGAAUACACAGUUGUGCAUUCUGUAAAAAAAGUAACUGACUGCCAAGUAACUGAAGUUACUGCCAAGUGUGUUGAAAGCUCUCCAUAACGCCUGCUGUGGAUGCUGGAUGAAUGGUUGUUUAUGUUUUCCCUUUUUUUUCCUAUCAGGGACCAUUCAUCCUGAGUGAUGGGCAUGGAAAAUCCAGUGUAGAAACAACUAACAGCUGUGACUGCCAUGGAUGUUUGCUUGUGAUGCUAACACUGUGUAUGGAUUGAAUGCAUAUGUAACAAUCUGCUCUUUACCUAUUCCUUUAGGUGGAAAUAACACUGGAGAAGUAGCUAGAUAGUAUUGGAGCAGCAGUUUAUUAAAACAUGUCAUCGUAAUGUGUUCUGAUAGAAUGCGGUAUCAGAUCAUAUGAUGACACAUGAAACUGCUGACUUCAAUACAGUAUUUCCUUUUUCUUCAGUUUCCGCUGAUGGGAUUUUCUCUGUAAUCCGUCUUCUAUGGAUGAUUGUCGUUUCUGAUUUUAUUUCAUCCUUUAACAUUUAUACUGUGUGAUGAAUUAGCGUGAUUAUUGCAUGGAUGAAGUCCAUCAGAAGAUCAGAGAACAGGAAGGAAAAUACAGCGGAUCAGCAUUUACCCUCUUUGUUGUGUUGAUACAUGACAUAUUAUUGAGGAGACUUAAAGUCCCACUCCGAUGUUUUUUUUAUUUUUACUACUCAAAGUGUUCUCAGUGGUCUUUGAAUUGCAGUUAGGAAGUUUUUAGCCAAAAUCACAUUACCAUGGUAAUGACAUGGUAAAAGCUACCUGUAUGUACCAACACAAAAAUGCACUGUAUAUCAGUCAAAGAAGGCAACGUGCCUUUUUUCUUAUAUAAUUUCUUUAUUCUGAGCUGUUAUUCCUACACAUAAUCUGACUGAUUAAAUUACAGUAACACGACAAUAAAGGGGUAGGACUAGAUAAGUUUUAUCAACUUCAUCCUACACCCUUUCGAACAAAGUAUAAUUAUCUAUGUUACUACAGAGCUGUCUCUUUAAUUGUUUUUCUGCUGAAGCACAUUGUAUAUUGUAUCCAUUUUGUUUUUCUUUUAACCUUUUCGAAUAGACAAAUAAACCUAAAACCUAAUCAUAAUUAGCUUUCCUAUGAGUAUUGCAAUCUGCUAACGCGCACGCUUGUUCUGUGAUUGUUCUCUUAUUUCUCUGAGCCUGGCCUGCGUAGCGGGGCUUCGGGGGGCGGAGCUUGGAUUUUCUACGUAGGAAAUCUCACUGAAUCUGACCCUGCCGUUUGGGUCUGCCAGAGAUUCACAGCGAUGUUGAAUGCAGAAAUACUUAGUUUUCUUAGCGUAGCGUCAGAAAAAUGCCAUAUGAACAUUUAAAUAAACCUGAUUUUCAUCGGAGUGGGUCUUUAAGGUACUAAUGAUGAUGAUUUUACUAAUGGAGUGUGAUUGACAGCUGUCAUGGUAACCUCUCUGUCACGCAGGCAAGUGAGCCCGUAACGGAUGCAGCCGCUGCAGAUAACUCCGCCCCUGACACCAAAGAGCCUCCAAAGGUGGUGCUAACGUUUCUCUAUUAAUCGAUCCAGCCUUUCACUCAUGACGCUUCUCAUUCCUCAUUUCCUCCGUUCCUCCAGCUUGGUAUUUCCUCCUGUUAUCAUCACCACAUUUGGACUGAUCCUUCGUUUUUUCUCCCUCCAUGUUCUGCUCACUUUCUCACAGUGGAUCAUCUGCAUCUUCUUUUUUUCCUUCGUGACGUUACAUUUUGAUUUAUAUGGCAGUUUAAUUUUUUACGUUAUGUUCAAUGAUCAUGUUUUUUUUUUUUAUCCCCAUGCGUUUGUUGUGUAUGUGCGUGCACCUCAUUGUGUGUGUCUGUGCACUCCGUGUACAUGCGUGCGUGUGUUUGUGCGUGUGUGUAUAUAGACAACUGAAGUCGAAAUUGAAGAAACUGUUGUCGUCCAAGAGGUUUCCAAAGCCCCUAAACCCGGACUUGUCACAGUUACGAUCACCUCCCCGUCAGAUUACGAAAUAAGAGAGCACGAACCCAAAUCCGAAGAGGAGGCGGUGGUGGCGGAGGAAGCGAAAGCGAUGACGCAGGAGAGCAUUUCAUCCGAGAGCGAGAGCGAAGAAGAAGCAGAGUACCAUCCGAACGUCUCUGUAUCCUUUUCCAACACGCAAAUACCAGAGGAGAAGGAGGAGGAGGAGGAAGAGCAGGAGAAAAAAGAGGAAGGCAGGUCGACUCCAGAUACUGCUCCUCUACCAACUGAAGUCAUCGAACCUGUAGAAGCCACCAGUCAAGAAGCGGAGAAAGAAGAUGUAGAGAAGAGAGAGAAGAACACAGAGGAGGAGGAGGAGAAGGAGACAGAGACGAGCACUGACGAUCCAAUGAUGACCCCUGAAGAGGCUCCCAACGGUCACGCCCUGCCUGAGGAGAGCGUUACUGUGACCGUCUCGCCCGUGGUGGAAGCAGAAAUAGAAGAAGAAGAGCCGAAAAUGAACGGAGAAUCCUCUCUGGUCGAAGCAGAAGCCCGGCCGCAGGUUAUUUGUUGCUCUGAGGUAAAGUCUUGACUGGGCCGACUGCGGAGCUUCCCCCCCGGGCUUCAAUCCCUCCUUCCAACUGUAGAAACACCCACAUAUUUUUUCCUUCCUGCUUACCUCUGUGCCGGUUUCCUUCCUUCUCACUGCUUGAGUGAAUAUUUAGGCCCCAUGUACAUCCUCCAAAACCUUGUAUAGUUGUAAAAGUAGGGCUAAAAACUCCCUUGAGCCACCAGUGUUUCAGCGUUUUGAUGUUGCUGUUAAGUGACCAUCCCCUACGUGAUUAAUUUCCCUCCUCAUUUUCGAUUUUUAUCAUAUUCACACACUUCAUACCAUCAUCCUCACACCAUCGCUCCCUCUCUUCAUCGUGUUACUGUAUUGUGAAGUAAAUGGGGCCUAACUGGGAAGUGCAUGAUGCUUUUUAGGUGCAUGUUUUGUUUUUUUAUUUGCUCUGCGUGCGUCCGUUCAUCUUCAUUGUGUGUGCGCUCAUUUGCAUGUUUGUUCGCCCUCCAUGUGUUUGGCACCGAUGCUCCUCGUUUCUGAUAAAACUUUAAUUGGCUCCUUACCAUCACCAUAGUAACAGUGUCGUGGAAAUCAUCUCUGCCAACCACUUUGGAAAAUGCCAUCCGCUCAUCUGAAUGUCAUCUCUGCAUGCUGUUUACAUUUCAAAAAGCCGCUCGGACAUUUUCAGCGCUGCAUGUUUUUCCCGGGUUCAUGUUUUAUGCAUGUUUUGUGGUGUGUCGUACUUUAAGCUGCUCGUUGAAGCCAAAGAUUUUGUGUUGCUGUUGUCGUAGAAGAGGCUUGUUGAAAAAAGCUGUGGCUCUUUUCUUUGUUUUUAUGCAUGUGCAUGAAUUUGUGGCUCUGUUGUGAGUUUCGCUGCUCUUACUUGCAACUGUUUUAUUUACGUAUCAACCAUGACUCUCACUCUCACGAUUUGAAACCUGAUAGAAAAGUUUAUAUUUACAAAAAAACAAAACAAAAGUGAGUAACUAAAACUAGAGAUGCACCGAUCCAUUUUUUUUCUGAUCCAAUCCGAUAUCGAUACCUGGGCUGAGCGUAUCGGCCGAUAUCCAAUACUGAUCAAAUACUACUGUUGAAUGAAUGAACUGUAUACCUUGCCCUGUGAGUGAAGGUAUCAGACUUAAAAAAUUAACACAGAUAUAAAUUUACUUAAUAUAAUUUAUUAACAAAUAACAAAAAGAAAGACCGGAUCGGAUCGCUGGAUCGGCAUCAUUCAUCCGGAGUUGAUAUCCGAUCCAGACAUCGGAUCAGUGCAUCCCUAACUCAAACUAGUUUAUAGGAACGUCCGUGUUUCAUGAAGUUUCCCCAACUUGUUUCACUUUUAACCUAUUAACCCUUUCUCCUCCCCUCCUCACUCUUCUCUCUCCUCCGCCUUCCAGCCGCCCGUGGUAAAGACAGAAAUGGUGACUAUAUCAGACACGUUCGCAGCCCAGAAAACUGAGAUAGCUACAAAAGAAGUGCCCAUCGUACAUACGGAAACCAAGACCAUCACAUACGAGGCCGCACAGGUGCACACUUGAACAGCGGGAUUUUCCCCUCUCAGCUCUUCUCCUCUUUCUUUAUGUUUGUGCUGAACUUAAACCAGAUGAUCAAUUCGAGGUUUGUUAAUGUUAAUGUGUUGUCUGAAAGCUUCUCCCAAAGAGCCUCUUUUCUAGUGCAUGCCGCCAUGGUUCACUCCUCCUUCCUCGGGGCGAAUGUGUCUCUAGAAGAUGUUAAAUCUUUUUAGGACCCCCGCUGAGGUGAUGCCGUAGCCGUGACACGCAGCUUAUGGUUAUUUCUGUAUCUCCUCUGUCAUCAGGUGGAUGGUAACGGUGACGGAGAGCCCGGCGUGUUGAUGACCGCUCAAACAAUCACCUCUGAGUCUCUGUGUACAACCACAACCACACACAUUACCAAGGUAACAGACGCUGAGGCCCUCCAGAAACGUGUGCUCUCUUCAUGGUUGUCCAGACAUCAAACAGUUGCCGUUGUACGUUUUGUUGCAGACGUUAAAGGGCGGCCUAUCAGAGACGAGGAUCGAGAAACGUAUCGUCAUUACCGGCGACUGUGACAUCGACCACGACCAGGUCAGUGACAGUCCGCUCACACAGCUGAUCCCUGCUUUGCUCGGAUAAUGUUUGACUUUAUUCAGACAAAGUGUGUGAGUUUUUGAAAAGGCUCUUAAGUUUGAUUCUGCCGUCCAAAUUUUGUCUGUUUACAUUUUGUUUUUCAAAGUUAAGAGGAAACUUCUCAGGGGUAUGAUGACGGUUACGUCUCAGUUCCCACCUUAUUUUAAAUCUGAUGACAUGUCCAUCAUGUUGCUCAGGGUGAAGCCACUGAAUGAUUUUUUUUAGUCACUUUAAAAAGAAGCCCACGUCAUUUUCCCUUCCAUCCAACCCUGCAUCCAGGAAAAAAAAAAGAUCUGAACCUUUUCGUUUUUGCCACGCUGUCUCUUCUUUGUUGCUCGUCUUGGUUAUUUCAGUUUUCUUUGAUUUGUCUUUGUCUUGUUUUUGUCCAAAAAUACCUAUUUGAAAUUUCAAAAGUUCAAUGAAAUAAAACUGCAGGAUCAAAGUGAAAACUUUCAGUCAAAGGAUCUUAACAUUUUAAAGAAUUACCCCCAAUUUCCACUGCAUCCAGAAUUGCUACAAAAAGGAUGAAUCCGCUGAUCGCAGCUGAUUGUAACCAUUCAAGUGAAUGUGCCAAAUUCCACCGGCUUCUUUCCGUCCCACUGCGGGUCGGAAGAGUUCUAAUAUUUCUGGAAGCCGGAGAAUGCUGCAUCAAGUCAACACAGAUUAGUCCAUGCUGGAAAGGAAGUCGGGCACAGACACAAAAUAAAACAUCCGGCUUCUUUUCAAAAUAAAACACACAUCACAACAUGCGAAUGCGGUGGGAAUUCGGGGUUAGUCUCCAAAUCCUAAAUUCCCAAAGGCAACGAGUCUAAUUUGGGAUGCAGAUACUUUAUGAGUUCAACUGAAAUUGUGAGAGAUGCUACAAAAAGAGAUGAUGUGCAUUAACUUUUAAAACAUCACAAGCCUGCUUAAAAGAAUCUCUACUUGUCUGUUCAAACUUCCUGCACUGUCUGUUUAAAACUAAAGGAUUAGUUUUAAACAGACACAUUAUCUCGUUAACAAGUUAAAGUUAAAAAAAAAAAAGACAUCUUGAGAAUAUCUCAGAUUUAUGGAUCAGGUCUGGGCUUUUCUGCACGACGCCUCGUUCAUCAGUUUAUUUGAGUUGCUUGUCUGCUUGGACCAGCUGGAUUUAUGUGUCUUUGUCACAUUAAGGUGGUGAUGUGAUUUAUCUCAAAUACAUUUCUGUCCACUUAAUGCGUCUCACUGCUGCUGUUUUACUUUUCCACUCGAGAAAGCAAAACAGCGCGUUUAUUGUAAAUCCAGCAUUAUUGUCUUUUUCUUUAUGCUUCUUAUUUGAUUUUCAUUUAACCCCUUCCUCCUCCCCCUCCUCCUCCUCCUCCUCCUCCAUCCCCCAAUUUUCCCUCCCACUGCCUGCCGUGCUCGGUGCUACCACUGUGUGGUUGCCCCCCGGUACUGCAGGCACUGGCCCAGGCCAUUAAGGAGGCCAAAGAGCAACAUCCUGACAUGUCUGUCACCAGAGUGGUGGUUCAUAAAGAAACUGAACUGGCUGAGGAGGAGGAUUGACAGAAAGCAGGUAAUAAUGGUAAUAGCAAUUCAUUCAAAUUACUGUAAUUCAUGGAGAGAGUAAUAAAGGAGCUGUUUGAUAACGAAGAGAGGUUUGCAAAGGAGAAAGAAAGGAUCAGUGAAUUAAACAGGCUGAGGACAAAGAAGCUAUUUCGACUCCCAGUCGACGUCACCUGACCGCCUCCACCUCUGUUAUUUAUUUCCAGAGUUGAAGGGUCCAUCGUGACUGUUUUCUCUGUUGACGUCAAACGACCUCCAUCACUCUACGACGACCAACCUAGACCGACAGGAGAGAGGCAGAAAAAGAAGAAAAAAGAAGAAGAAGAAGAGCUGACGGACAGGAGGAGAUGGUGUAAACAAACAGAUGGAAGUUGCCAAUCUCUUCCCAGUUGGUCUCUCUUACGUGUCUUUGGUGCAUCUAAACCCCCCUCCCCCCUUCACUCCAAAAAAAACAAGAAAAAGAAAAAUAACCUCCUCGCUCUGUCUGAGGGAACAACAUAGAACCACUUUGUUAGUUUAAGAUUUGUAGCGUGUUUUUAUUUUAUUUUUUUUUAAUAGUGCUUUUCUUUCUUUAACUGUUUGUUUUACAUAAAGAGCAGAUAGCGUGUCUGUCAUGAAAUAAAGAAUUAAACGCUGUCGGGGUGCACUGAUGACCGAUACCUGUACGAUACACGGCUGAAAUUCGUCAUCGUAAUAUCAAUCAUUUCACGAUUUCCAGAGACUUUUAGGCAAAGUAAAUCUGCUUCAAAAGGUGAUUCGUUUCAAACUUUUUGUCGUCUGUAUCUGCAGUUGAAGUUGGUAUCAGUGCAUUCCUGGAAGAAAAAAACAAAAACAAUCUUAAAUUAAAUUACAGCUCCCGCUUCAGUCACAGCACAGACGGAGAAAUAUAUAAAAUAACAGUAAUUUCAUUUCUUACCGUAACAAGUGUAGCUAUUAAAACACACUCACUGUAAGAGGACCUGUUUCACAUUUGAACGCUUACAGGCACAGAAAAGAGGGAGCUGUAACUUAAACUAUUGCAGUAAAAAAAAACACAUCAAGCAGGUUCAUUAAUUUUUAUCAUACUGUCUUUUAUUUUCUCUGUGAGUUUAGUUACGAUUCAUCCACAUUCCUCGUGUGUUUACUAGACCUUUUAGUGAGUCCAUGUUCAGUUCAAUUCACCGUCACUCCACCCUGAGAAGAAAAAGGACGUUUCACCCUGUUUAUAGUCCGUGGGAGGAAAAGGAGUUUCAUCCGGGUUGGUGACUUAAAUUAAAUUCAUCUUUGUACUCACUUUUAAUUGAACUGAAGAUGAACUGACUUAAAGCCGGCGUAAACGACAUCGUGUAAAAGUACAAAUGAAGGAUUUUAGACGGGAGCAUUACGCAGUUUUUUUCAUUAGCUAAACGCUCCUCCCUGGGCCCGCCCCCCACUGUACGACGUUAGCCAUUCCCAGUGGGCCGCAGGGAGGGCAAGGGAGCAGACUCUAAGAUUGGGAGAGAGGACCAGCUAACCGAAGCUGAAUUGGGAGAUAGCGGUUGAGCUGUGCAGUUCAAACCUACAAGCAGGGAAGGGAAAGAAGGAAGGACUCUGAAUAUUGAUGCAUGUUCCGGUAAUGUUAUUUGCAUCCUGCAGUGAGUUAAUGAAGCAGUUUUUUUUAUAUUCUACGGGCAACACUUUGUCCACAUUUUGCUAAUUAGAUAACUUAGAGUUCAAACAAGCACAGGUACCAAAAUGAGGAGAACUUGAAAGCGGUUCUGUCCCACAUCAUCCAUGAUUUGCUCAUUCUUCAUCAGAGCCUGUUUGUCGUCAUAGUGCAGCACUUAACUUCACCUCCUCUCUUCUUCUUUUCUUACUAGAUUUACCGAGAUCUAGGAUUACAUUCAGCAUGUCUUCACACUUUUUUUUUUUUAAUCUUGCAAGAGUAUCUUGAGUGAGUCUAGAUAGAGGGCUACUGUGAUGAUUGGUUUGAGAGUGUGUAGAUAAUCAGAUAAUGGAGAGAAGAUCAUCUUUGAACCAGCAGCUGCAUCUAUUUCAAUGUUACCAAAUGUUCCUGAGCAUAAAUGUGAUUUUAUUUUUUAUUUCAGUGACAUUAAGAUGUAUUUUACAUGAUUCUACCCCUGAAAAGAAAAAAAAACACAGAUCUGUAUGACUCAGUCAGUUUACCGCAAACACAUGGAAACCGUUAUAGAGGAACCGUAAAACGCAGCUUAAAGGGAAACGUAUCCGAGGGUUUGAAGUGCUUUUUUUUAAAACCCACGAAUGGAUUUUUUUUUUCUUGUUUUAUUCAUUUUCUGUCGUCACGCACACAUGAAAUGGAAAGAUUCAACACAAACGCAGUAAAGAAGGUGCUCAUGAAGGUGUCUUAAGCAUUUAGUCGACACAAACAGAAGAAGAAACGACUUUUCCUGAAAUUUGAUUGUAGCGAAAAAAAAGUGCCACAGAUCCGUUUAGAAACAUUCCACCCUGACCUGCCUAGAUCUGUCUGAUCCACCUUUCUGACUGGACAAAACAGUAUCUUGAAUCGGAGUCGACAGAUUAAUUUAUCUUUUCCUUUUUCAACAAAGAAACGACAGAGCGGUAAUGACUCUCUCUCUCUCUCGACUUUCAUUGGGAAACACUUGUCUGAUCUUUACUAUGCAGUUAAAUGACAUUCCACAUGAGGGGGACGCUUUAACCUCUGACCCUCCUGCAAAGAAACGAAGCAGCAGAAAAUAAAGUUUGAAAAAACAAAAAAAAAUACAAUCUUUAGGCAGCUUUGGAAGCUUUCGCUCCUCGAAAAAAAUACGAUCUGUAGCCGUUAUUUGUAGAUUUUCUCAGAAUUUUGUCGUCUUUUCUCUGUGAAGCUGAUCUAGUUGUCAAACGGUGGGAGUUAUCGUGCGCUCUCUUGGAUGUUUUUAAUAUUGUCACGUGUUUUUUGACUUUGGAGGAACACCACUACAAAUCAUUUCCGCCACUGUUUCCUUUUUGUACUCUAAAACCCGGAGUUGAACCUCUCUGUUCGGAGGGUAUGAACUCUGGUUUUAACCAUCGCUGGAGCUUUGAGGCUGCGAGGUCUGGCUCUCCAAAAUGCUGUCGGUGCUUUCUUGUGGAUUUUUAAAAUAUGUUUAAACACCCCAAAAAGAAAAAUCUGUGAAUUUUUAUUGAAAAACAAUCAAUACCAGCUGAUUCUGAAACUAUCAGGGACGUCAACAUGGAGGACAAAACUGCACAAAAACAAAGUACUGCCAUUAAAUCAGAUUUAACACUACUCUAUACGAAGAAACAAUAAUUGGACUACAGUCUUCACAGUUACAUCUCAGGCUUUGUUUGACAGUUUAGACUCACACAAAAGUUAGGUUAGUACGUACCAGCACAAUUUUGUAUUUUAGCUACGUGAGACUUUGUAAAAAAAAUUAAAAAAACACAUUUUGGAAAACAGACCAGAGCUGCCUCAUCGUUCCCCCCUUUUAGCCAACCAAUGAUCACUGUAGGCUUUUUCUAUCUAGCAGCUUGAUUGUCUUGUGUCUCCCCCACACGCAGCCACUCCUCCCCCCCUGUGUAACACUGUUUAAAUAAAGGAUUGUUAUACUCUGAAA